GCCUCGCCGCGCUCUCUUCCUCCCUAUCUGUGUCGCACACGCGCGCGCAGCAGAGGGAGGCGGCGGCCGCCACCGCAGCAGCAACAGCUGUAGCUCGGCCAGCCAGCUCCGAGCCUGAGCGCAGAGCAGAGGCGAGGCGAGCGAGCCGAGAGCCAGGCAGCAUGGCGGGGCUGCGCUACCCGCCGCAAAGCAGCUACUGCCGCGCGGCCACGGCCAUGAACCUCCUGCUCGGCGUCUUUCAGGUCCUCUUGCCCUGCUUUCGCCCGGGAGAAGCGCAGGGCCAAGGUAAGAAUGAAUGGCUGGAAGAGGCGGCCAGCUUGGAAAGGAGAGGGGGGCUUUUUGCAAAGCGGCGCUGAGGUAAAACAGGGCUGGAAGGUCGCUUCGGGAAGGGAGACCCCCGCACGGGCCCCCACGAGCCGCCCUCCUCAUCCUGCCUUUGUGCAGCGGCUCUGCGCUGCCGCCCUAAUGGUUCCCAGCCCCGCUGAGGCGGCGGAGUUCCUCUUCCUGCCUCGUCCGCCCUGCCGUUUCGCUUCUUAUUUGCUUAUUCGCUUUGUUUGGACUGCGAAGGGCGGCCGCGACCUUGUGACAGGCGGGCAGGCGGCGGGGGAAAAAGCGGGCGGCGGCGGCGGCGGCGGCGGCGGCCCACAAUGCGGGACUCCUUCCUUCCCUGGCGCGCUGCCGCUGCCCGGGCUCGCGCUGCUGCUGCUGCUUAGGCGGCGUCGGCGAUGCCGCCUUGUCUGCAGCCUUCGCGGGUCACCGCUUGGAGGAAGAGGAGGCCCUUGUUUGGACUCGGCCCCAGGCUGAUCUUUCCGUCAAAAAACCCCCCCACAAAACCCUGGCUUCCGACGCCCCUUUUGUGCGCCGGGUCUGCCUGCGUUUCGCACGUUGCUGCUGCUGCAGCAGGAGCGUUUUAAUAUGGAAGCGUCUCAGGGACGAAACAAAACAAAGCCCAGCCUCCUCUCCUGCUGCUGCUGCUGCCUGCAGCGCUCUGGCUGUGAAAGGCCCGCGAGCCGAGAGGAGACUCUCUCCCAGCUCGCGCCGUGUGCGUGUGGGUCGAGGCCACAGGCCUCUGCACGUCCCCCUCUCUGGUUGCUGGUGGAAAUUGCAAAGAGCUUUCUGUUUUGUUUUCGCCCCUAGCCAUGGACCCCAUCCCCAACGUGGUGGAGUUGUGGCAAGCGGAGGAAGGGGAGCUCCUGCUGCCUGCUCAGGUAAGGAAAUGAGGGGCGGGGCGAGCGCGGGGUAUUGCGCAGGCGCAGGAAGGUGGCCUUGGUGGGAAGUUCUCCUGCCUUUAACUCUGCGCAACGGGAGUUUGCCCUCCUCGACGAUGCUGCCUGCAGCUCCGUCUGUUUGCCCCUUUUUUCCCAACCUUGCAUGAUUUUGCAAGUUACGGUGGCUUCGGAUUCGGAGAUGGUGAGACCCGGUCAGUACCGGAAGUGGCGCUUCCGCCUCACCUUGCCAGGAUUUUGGCAGCAGACGCAGUUAUGAUUUCAUUAUGCUUCUGAAAGGGGAAUUGGGUAGGCAUCAAAUAACAUGUGAUGCUGUUGGGAGGCGCGCUGAAGUCUGGCUGCAACUGAUAUUUGUAAGGCAAAGCCAAUUGAUGCAGCAUCGCAGCAUUACUUCUACAGGGAGCAAGUCUUAUUAAAUUCAGUGCAGAGGAUCAGUUCUGCUUUUCUCUUCUGUUGGUUUAGUGCUUUUCGGGACUGCAUCAGUUUAUAAACUGUAACACUUAUUUUCCCCUCCCCUUUACAAUACAGCAUCUUUCGUUUCCCCCUUAAAUGCCAACCAUAGUAAAGUGAGAAAAUACAGCAACUUAAAGGAGUGUUUUAGAAUUUUUAUGCAUAGUGAACAGGUUAUUCUCAAUUUAAGUUAAUAUUUUAUUGAAAAGAAUUUGUUUUUAUUUAUAGAAGUAUGUAUAUACUGCUAUAUCAUAAAUACCAGGGCAUUGUACAUUAACACAAUUCAAACCAUACAAAAUAAUUAUUGAAGUGUCUGACUAAUAAAAAUGUUUUAAGCAGCUGAUAAUAGCUUGUCAGCAUACAAAUGCCUGCAGCCUGAAAUUUAAAAACCAAAUGACUUAUUUACUUUGUUAACAUGUUGAAUGUUCCCAAAUGAAAUAAUUAUUUGUUUAUUUAUACCACGUUUAAAGCAAAUGAAUUGGUUGGAUGUGGGUGGGGAGAAAUUGCCAUUUCUUACAGAUACGAUGAAAAAAACAAAAACAAGUAGCUGCAACUUUUUUAAAAAUGGUUUGUCUGUAGUUGUACACAGGGAGGCAUUAGUAAAUGCAGUUUUCAGAGAAAUGCAUGAUUGUACAUUGCAGAAAUCUCAAUUCACCAGUGCAAUGUUUGGAUAUUAGUAGAUUGAUCUAGUAAAGCCUGGUCUAGUGAAGCAGGUGUGGGGAACCUUUAAACCUGCAGAUGUUUCUGAACAAUAGAUCAUAAUACCUGGCCAUUGGUCAUGGUGCUGGAACUACUAGGAGUUGCAGUUCAGCAACACAGGGACUACAACCCCCAUCACGCCUAGCUAGCAUGACCAGUGGUCAGGGAAGAUGGGAAUUGUAGUCCAAAAACAACUGUAGACCCAAGCUUGGGAAACCCUGCUCUAAGCCGCCAUGACUGCCUGCAAGCCUGGGAACCACCUCUGCUAACACUGCAGAAGACUCUCUAUUUGAACUAGCAAUACAUCUGCUGAAAAGCAUUCGUCCUGCUGCAGCUUCUGCGGAAGAGGCUAUAUAUUGCAUGAGUGGGUGGUGGGUUGACUGACGGGUUUCCCCUUUUGCACAUUGCCUCUUCAUGUAGCAUGUAGAGGUGAGAGUGCUCUUCUCCUUUCUGAUGCAAGUCCCCUGGAUCUUUCUUGUGAGAGAAGGCUUUGUUAGGGCCAUGGUAGUCAACAUGGUGUCCUGUAGGUGUUGUUGGCUACUAGCUCCCAUCGGCUCCAGCUAGCGUGGUCAAUAUUUAGGGAUGAUGGGGUUGUAGUCUCUUGCAGGAGACAGAAGGUGAUAGCCCAGGAUGAGGGUGAGGGCUGCUGCAUAUCCAGAGUCCCAAUGUUUUUAGUUUAAUGUUGAACUUUGACUUGUGAUAUGUGGGUAGGGUGGGAUGGGUUAAUUGUAUGAAGCAUGAGCUUUUUAUUGCUCCAGUACUUAUUUACUUAUGGGACGCUGGUGGUACUGUGGGUUAAACCACAGAGCCUAGGACUUGCCAAUCAGAAGGUCAGCGGUUCGAAUCCCCACAACGGGGUGAGCUCCCGUUGCUUGGUCCCUGCUCCUGCCAACCUAGCAGUUCGAAAGCACGUCAAAGUGCAAGUAGAUAAAUAGGUACUGCUCCAGUGGGAAGGUAAACGGCAUUUCCGUGUGCUGCUCUGGAUCGCCAGAAGCGGCUUAGUCAUGCUGGCCACAUGACCUGGAAGCUGUACUCCGGCUCCCUCGGCCAAUAAACGAGAUGAGCACUGCAACCCCAGAGUCAGCCAUGACUGGACCUAAUGGUCAGGGGUCCCUUUACCUUUACUUAUUUACUUAUUUUGUCUUACUGCAGUUCUAUUUAACUGGGCACUUUUUAUAACUUAAUGUACAGCUGUUAGGAAUCUUUUCUAUGUUUCUGGGAUAAUACUGGAUUUGGGAUGCAUGUGUAGGUAUGUUUAUUGGUAUUUCGAUGUUAAUAUUCUUAUAUUUUAUAUGAAAUUGAUACCAAUUACUGUUUUUUUUUAAUUAAUUAUGGAUGUCCCCAGAAUGUUAUUUCUUGCUUUAUUUUUCUUAGUGAUAUUGUGGUAGCAGUUUAAAUAGCUGAUUUGAAUAUUAAUUGGAAAGGAAAAGCAGAGUGUAAACAAGGAGUGAAAUGAAGGUGGCUUGAUUUUCUGAUUCAUUAACUGAUUUCAGUUAGAACAAACCACAUUUCCACAAGACAUGGCAUGGCUGUUGCUUGUUCUUGUGUGAAGCAGAAGAAUUCACACCUGCUCACAUGAGGUAGAGGAAAGGGGAACAUUCAUAGUUAAGGCCCACUAAUUUGUUCACAGUAAUUUAAAAGAGUCCUCACCAACUUAGUAUCUGCCAGAUGUUUGUAGUACAAUUCUCACCAGCUCCAUUCUGGAGGGGAAAAGGUUAGGCAAGGUAGAUCUGAACUAUGGUUGUCAUGGAAGUUAGGGAUGCAACUGUUUAUUGUGCAUAAUUUGUAUUACUUAUAACUCAGUACCUUGCGGGCAGGGUUGACCUCUAGCUCACCCCUUCUCAGUAUCCGGUAGCUAGUCAGACCACUGCAUCAGUUCUGCAAGCAAAUACUUACAGAUGCAUGAUCAAGUGUAUUUGAUAGAAUAGCUGUUUUCUAUCUUUUGAUUUCCUGGUAACUGUUGCCUUUUAAUUUGUAUCAUCUGCUGCAUGAAAGUUAUGACCUGCUGUCACAUAUGUUAGAGGAAGUUUAGAACCAACAUUUUCUUUGCUUAUUUAGUUAGCUGUAAUUCCCUGUUCCGCGUGUUUUGUAAAUAAAAUCUGGUCAUUUGGUUAACUACAUUGGUGUGUUCUGAUCCAAAGGGAUUCUGACCAGCCUAGUUUAUUGUACCCUAUCUUAUUGUUUUGGGUCUUCUUACCAGACACCUGGGACUCUUACCAGACACCAGCACAAGACUCUUAAUCUCAGGGUUGUGGGUUCAAGCCCCACGUUGGGCAAAAUAUUCCUGCAUUGCAGAAGGUUGAACUUGCUGGUUGUCAUAACCCCUUCCAACUCUACAAUUCUAUGUUUCUAGCUGCUGUUAAAGUUGGUAUCUAAUAUUGAGGGGAGUUAGGUGAACAGAGAUUGAGAACUGGCAGAGUGCUGGCUUGGUGUGCCACUGAGAUUAUUCUUUCCUAAAUAAUUCAGAGUCAUAAUGACCUAAUAGAUGAGGUCAGCUAGUGAUUCCUUGACCUAUUCUAGGAUUGUUUUAGUCCUGGUGGGAACACUUGGGCAAUUAGAUAUACGCAAGUAGGACCCUUUGAUAAAAUGUUGCAGUGUUGAGUGCUUCUACUCACUCCAUUCAGUCUCCCCCCCCCCCCCGACACACACCAAGAGUCUCUGUAUCAGCAGAGUAUGCUGAGGUCAUAAUUUGCCUUUCGGGGGUUUAUUUGAAAUUUUUGUGGUGGAUGCAAUGUGGCAUUUCAUUAUUACGCAGUUGCAUAUCUGUAGAUGUUGUUUCUUGUAUGCCAGUAUAGGGAAAAUAAUUAUUUCAACUUCAACAUAAAAUAGUCUUUCUUCUUUUCUACCAAGAACAUUUCCCAAGCUAUUAGAAAAGGAAAGUUCUUAUUUCCUUAGUGUAUUGUAUUACAGUGGUACCUCGGGUUACAUACGCUUCAGGUUACAUAUGCUUCAGGUUACAGACUCCGCUAACCCAGAAAUAGUGCCUCAGGUUAAGAACUUUGCUUCAGGAUAAGAACAGAAAUCGUGCUGCGGCAGCGCGGCGGCAGCAUUAUGGGAGGCCCCAUUAGUUAAAGUGGUGCUUCAGGUUAAGAACAGUUUCAGGUUAAGAACGGACGUCCGGAACGAAUUACGUAAGUACUUAACCCGAGGUACCACUGUACAUCACUUUGAAAACUUUUUAGGUGAUGAAUUCCUGCUCAUUUUUUAUUUUUUUAUUGGCAGACAUACUAGUAUCAAAAUAGAGUCAAACUCAUUUAGACAUCUCACUGCUGACAGUUCUAAGAAGAAGCAGUGAAUUGCUGACAGAUCUUCAUCAUUCUUUGCUGUAGCUGAUAGGAGAAGUGCAUGCCAAACAGAAGGGCCAUGUUGAUCUUUGUUUGACUACUUCUUAAAAUGCCUUACAAGGAAGGGAUUUAGUUUUUAGAUUCAUAUUGUUUUAUUUCUCCCUAUGGCUUGCCAAUUUUUGUUCAACCUGUAUGAAAUUCCAAUGCCAACUCAUAGAAUUGUAGAAUUGGUACCCCCAAGGAUCUUCUAGUUCAACCUCCUGCAAUGCAGGAAAUAUAUUAACAAAAUGUUUUAAAGGCCCAAGGGUGAAUUGAGGGUUAAGUUUUUGUUUGUGAAAAUACCCGGCCACCAGAGUUAUUAUUUUAAGUUCUGUCAGAACUUUAGUCAUUGUUGGAUGGCUUUGGAAUGCCACCAGAGGGUAGAAGAGACCUUUUCUAUAUGUAGAGGUAAAAGGUAGUAUGCAACCAAGUUUUACUCAGAGUAGACCCAUUGAAAUGAAUGGACCAGACAUAGUCUGAGUAAAACUUACCUGAACACUGGUUGAAGGAAAUAUCAGUGCAUUUGGGUGCAUAUGAUACAGUGCAAAUAUGGUCAAGUAAUAUGGGAUGAGGCAGUGUUAUAACUGCUCUACUGAAAUAAUAUUGUGCCAUAGUAUACCUAUUUUUAGUCACUUGCAAGUUGAAAAAAAUAAAAUAGCCAACUUAAGCUUACCAGGUUGCAUGGAGAUGACCCUCACUUUCUGCCAAGCAGUUGUGCAGUGACCAUUCUCUCAAUGAUGUCUGUGCGAACAAGCCCUUCUAUCCACUAUGAAUUUGUACAGAAAUGUUGCAUAUACAUAUAUGUGUCUGUGGUUACCUAAAUUUCCUUGUGUGCCCUCAGCUGUAUGACGAGGGCAUCCAGGGAGUCCUAGCCCAUUCAAGAAAUGAUUUCCAGUUAACUUUCAGGGAAGUAGGAAUGACCUUGUGGCAGUGGCUAUAUCUGAUGCCCUCCCUGCCCCUAACCUCUAACUGCACUUUAUGGUGCCCAAGGAGAGCCGAACCUGAGUUGUAUUUGGAGUGCUUUAAACAAGCAUGUUUUUGUAUUUAUACAUCACUACAACAGUGAUUGCUGUCUAUGAAUAUAUGCCAUCAAAAUGCAUAUAAAAGCAACCACAAAUAGCAGGUUUCCUUUGAACUUUCCUUUGUGGGAGCAAUGGUUAAUUUGUUUUUUUAAAGGACUGGUAUUUCCUUUUUUAUUUUGGUGGUACUUGUGGGCAAAGAUUAAAUAAAAUGGAGCAGCUGUGAAGGUGUUAAAAAUACAGUUUUGUCUUAAUUAUCAGCAAGCUUCCACAUUUAUUUUACUUAAGCUACUGUGGGCAUUUCCUAAAGUUCUUGGAAUCAGACUGAUACAAAAUAUAUGAUACAGUUAUAAUUUGAAACUAAUGAGAAACAAAAGAAAAAGAAACAUUGAAACCAAGAAAAAUUAAGCUGGACAAAGCCAAGUCUGGAAACAUAAAGCAGCAGCUGCUGUUUCUGCAAAUAUGAACACUACCCCAGAUACAUGAAGAAAUUGGUGCAGAGGGUGCCAGCUGAUUAGAGCCCUAUCUUUGUUUUUGCUUGUUGCAUGAAGAGUUAUAGCCAGAUAAAGUUAAUCACUAGCUUGUGUAGGACUGCUGGUAAUACUUUCCUUCAUCUGUAUUUUGACAAUACACUGUUGCAAACUUUCAAAGAGAGAGAGUGAUUGGUUAAAAAAACUGAAGAACUACUAUUGAUGGUUUAAAAUAACUCUAAAUAUGGAAUCUGCAUAGCAGAAUCUGGUUACAGAAUUACAGGCCUACAAGGAGUCUGAAGGUCAUUUUAGUCUUUGUGUUAAAUCACAUUUAUACCACAAUUAAACUCCAUUACAGAUUAACUUUAUCCUGAUAACAUGCCACAAGCCAUGACCCAGAGCUAAAAAGUGCUUUGUUCUAAAUUUCCCCAUAGCCAACGGAUUAACGAAAUGUUUUAUUAGGGCUGUCUAUAUAGUUCAAUUGAGCAAACCUAGAAACAUUUUGAAGGGGAAAGCAAAAUCCUUAAGGGCAUUGGCCGUCAAACCUGCAUGCAAGAAUUUAGCCAACUGUAAGGAGAAUGCACCCGUUUGUCUAUUUUAAGGGUAUUAUUUGCACACAUCCGCACAUACACACCUGUGUUACAAAGCUAUGGUUGAAGCUGUUGCAACUUUCAGAGGUUGCAUGUGGUUUCAUGGGGAAAAUGGAUUCUUCUCUUGCCUCUUGACAGAGAUUCUUCAAGAGAGAAUUGGGAGGUAUACAUAUAAUUUGAGCAUAUCCACCGAGAUUCCGAAAUGUAUGACACUGGAUUCACUACUUGCCAUGAGUCACUGGGUUGCCAGAAGUGGGCUUUGGGGACAUUGGUUUCCCAGAGUCUGAGCUUAUGAAUGGAAUGCCAUUCCCAUCUUUUAUGAAUUUGUGAUUUCCGGGACUCUCCCAGGAGUUUUCAAGCAGCUGUAAUUUUCUGCUGAUAUGUAGGCUGUUACCCAACUUAAAAAAAGGAAAAAAAUCUGGACGGUGUUUUUAUUAUUGACAUUUGGUGGACACGGGUGGUGCUGUGGGUUAAACCACAGAGCCUAGGAUUUGCAGAUCAGAAGGUCGGCGGUUCGAAUCCCCGCGACGGGGUGAGCUCCCGUUGCUCAGUCCCAGCUCCUGCCAACCUAGCAGUUCGAAGGCACGUCAAAGUGCAAGUAGAUAAAUAGGUACCGCUCCGGUGGGAAGGUAAACGGCAUUUCCGCGUGCUGCUCUGGUUUGCCAGAAGCGGCUCAGUCAUGCUGGCCAUGUGACCCGGAAGCUGUACACCGGCUCCCUCGGCCAAUAAAGCGAGAUGAGCACCGCAACCCCAGAGUUGGUCAUGACUGGACCUAAUGGUCAGGGGCCUUUACCUAACUGCAGAACAGGUGGACAGCAUCAAUUUGUAAGUCAUUCUUCCAGCCUUAUCUUGACAGUGACUGUGCAUUGGUAUCCUAUCCACAUAUUAUAUUAUGCUCAACUAAAUUUUAUACAGUGAAUAAUAGAUAGCUAGUUUUUUGACAUAGUGAAAUCAAAUGCCAUCUGAAAUGAUAUCAUGGUAUAGUUAGCUUGUGGAGUUAAUAAGAUGCUGAACAUUAAAUAAAAGAUGCCUGAAUAAUCUUGCUGAACACGCAUUUGCAAAUGCAUGUAUUCAUAUGUGUUCAAAGGAGUUGGUCAAACUUCCAUGAGAAUAGAGUUGGCAGUGCAGAUUGGCCUGCUGCCAUGUAAACCUUUGGAUGCCCCCCCCCCCGCACACUCAUUCCUGUAUCUGAGGACACAUAGGAGUGAGGUAGGGGUAGAAAAACAAUAGGCUUGCCAUAUGUCAGGAAAAUUCCUGACAUGUCCUGGUUUUCAGGUGUAAAAAUGGCGUCAGGGGAAUUUAGUCAGGGAAAACCUGGAUCUAUGGUAGUGCUAUGGAAAAAGCAGCAGAAACAGCUCCAAAAAGCUUUAAAACACUGUUGGGGGCCGGGGAGGUUUUCCCAAAAAAGCUCAACAAAGUUUGCGGGUGUUAGGAAUUGUACCUUUUGAAAUAUGUCAACCCUAAAAUACAACAAUUAAAAUACAUAUGUUUGACCUAUGAAGUGUUGCAUCAUUUUAUCCGUGGGCCUUUCUUCUAAGAUAGGCUUGGAUGUUGGUCACUUGAGGUGAUUUGUUUUUAUAUGAACUCAGAAGGAGCAAAGCUUAUAUGGGUACAUUUUAUGGCUUGUACAUCUGUUUUCUCUGGAUAGCUGAUACAGAUUCAUUUUGUCUAAAUGCACACACUUUAGGUUUUUGGGUGGGCAACAAGCAACAUCAUCCUGUUUCAUCCUGGCACUUAAGGUACCUCAAGUAUAACAAAAUAUUUUUCAUUAGAACAAAGUACCUGGAUGUUCACAGGUACUUAAGUGGUUCCACAAAGCGAUGCUGUUGGACUCAAGUUCUCAUCAGUCCCAAACAGCACAGCAGUGGUGAGGACUGAUAGGCACUGUUGUUUGAAAGGAUGAAAAUGACUCAGUAUUUCAAAAUUCCAGUUCUGAGGGGAGGUUGUACUGAAAAAAACAAAAAACAAUUUGGCACCCUCCAGCCUGAAAAUAGUCCCAACAAUUUAGGGAGGUUGUAAGAUUAGGAAAUGAUGCUUCAGUGCUUGUGGGGUUUUCUGAAGACCGUUUGGAGUGAUAUACUUGGCUGUUUAUGCUACCUUCUGAAAUUAUACUGACUGCUUUUACUAAUCUCAGAAGUGAUGCUUGCUAUUCUUUCACAUCUUAACUUUUUUAUUAAAAAAAAUGUAGUCUGGACAGAUGAAUGAAUAUAAUUUAGAAUAAGGUAUUAUUUGUUUGCUUAAAAUUAUUGACCACUGUUAAACUGAUAAAUGUGAUAAACCAGACUCUGCAAUUUCCUCAGCUAUAUUGAACUCACUUGUACUGGUUCUUAAAUUUGUCUUGUUCGCUGAAUAAUCAGUGCUUAGCAAAAUGAAGUGGGCUGAUUCAAACAUCAUUCAGUAUAGGGGGUCCCACUGAACAGAAUAUCCUUAAACAGCUCUGGGAUUGCUAAAAUACAAAUGUAUGCUGGAAACUUACAUUUGCUGCUUAUAUUUCAUGGUAUUUUCUCUGUCCACUAGGCUGAAUCAGAGGAGGAUGUGGAAGAACAUCCACAAGAGCAGAGGUAAGCAGUGUUAAGAUAAAAAUAAACAUCUUCCAUCAUACAACAAUAAACUAUGUUUGCAUUAUUCCCUAUAGUAAUAGUGAAGUCGGUUACUUUGAAUAAUUUAAUUUAUGCUUGCUCUCUUAGUUGAGUGAUGAAGAUUAACAGCUUAACCUGUUGUUUUUGUCAGUGUUGUGGUUUUAUGUUGUAUGUUGCCCUGCAAUAUUUCUAUGGAAAUAUUUCUAUAGAAAUCUGGUUUAUUUAUCAAUAGAUCAAUGAAUGAGGCUUUAAUUUUUUUUAAAAAAAUGCUUCUCAUGCAGUAUUCAUUAGCCAUGCAUUAUAAGUUUAAUUUUUAAAAAUGUCGAAGUACCAGGUUCUCUUCAGAUAAGAGAGUCUUUUUCCAGAGAAUCCAUACUAACAGAAAUAAAAUACAGAAGAGAGAGGGGGGUGCCUUGUUGAUGCUUUGUUUAAUUAAAACUGAAUUCAGGUUUUCUUAUUAGUGCAUAUUCACUCUUACUGUCUAAGAGUAUGAUCAAGUUUCUUUUACCUUCUUAUUGCCAGCAAAUGAUUAAAGCCUAGAGCAGAUGGUAAUUGCACUGCUCCUUGUUUUCCUGCCAAGGUAAAAACAGGAUUAUUUUUUUUCAGUGAAGGCUGUUUUGAGAAGCGUAUUGCUUCAUUUAGUUUUCUGAAUGUAAAAAUUGAAAUCUACUUGGCAUUGAACAACUUGGCAUUUUCAGGCCUUUUGGUAAGGUAAAUGUGUCACCUGCUGCAGCUGCAUUCUCUCUCAACAGCUGUCCUGUUCUAGGGCAUUCAUACCAUAUCAUGACUAGCAUUAGCUAGUACAUACGGUAUAUUUUUAAUAACCUUAUGGCAUUAACUAGUUGUAUAAAAAAACUAAUGCAUUUGGAUUACUGCAAUGCAUUUUAUGUGGUGCUGCCCUUGAAGAUGGUUCAGGAACCUUAGGUAAUACAAAGCACAGCAGCUAGAUGGUUAACUUAGGCUCCAGAAACCUAGCCCAUGUAGCCAGUUUUGAACCCACACCAAGUUCCUUUAUGGUCCAUUUUAGGGCUUUACCCUGCUCCAAGUCAUCUAGAGAGUUUUAAAAGUGAUAUCAAAGACUGUCUUUCCUCAUAUAACCUGCAUGAGUAUUCAGAUCUUCAUUCGAGGUCCUCUCUGGGUGUGGCUCCUUUCAGAUGUAAGGUGAUAAGGAAUAGAACCUUUUAGUGCAGACACCCCAAGUCUAAAAUGCUCUCUCCAGGGAGGCUUACCUGGUUCAGGGCUUGGUGUUUUUUCACUCACUCUGGCCUUUCCUGGUAUUGUAGUAUAGAAUUAGAUCUUGGUAUGGCUUCAUCUUGCAAGCAAACCUAUGGUUAUUACCCACCUUGUGGAGUUAAAAAAAAACACAAAAAACUGUUUAUAUGAACUAUCUCUCACACUUUAUUUUUCCUUAACAAAGUUGACAGUGUUGGUUUUUCUGCCAGGAAUUCUUUAGUACAGCUAUUAAUGAUUAUUAAUGAUUGGAGCAAAGACUGGCUUAGCUUUGCAGUGAAAACAGAAUGACUUGGUGCACCCAGUUAAGAGCAAAGUCCAACAUUCAACUAGUACUCUAUAGAGUACAUCUUCCAUAAUUUUGAUGGCACUUUUUCUUUUAGUCUAAAAAAAGAUUUUAAAAAGUCAGGCCCAUUCUCAAACUAUUAGACUUCAAGGAUACUUCAUAGAGCAGGUGUGGGGAACCUUAGACUCUCCAAAUGUUGUUGAACUACAGCUCCCAUAAUCCCUGGCCACUGGCCAUGUUUUCUGGGGCUGAUAGGAGUUAGCAGAUGCUUUGACCUCCCUCAGAAGCCUUCUCUGAACAUGUGUUGUGUGCAUGCGAGACAUUUAAAAAUGAGUGGUUUUUAAACUGGUUUGAAGUGAGCUGCUGCCUAAUGCCUACACCAGGCUUCACAGGUGUAGGCCAUUAUUCUUUAUUAUCCCAGAAGAUACGCUUUCACAAUUUUAAUAAGCUGAUAUGUAUGUACGCGUACACUCCCCAUUCCUCCUAUUCGGUGAUCUGUCUUCUGUUCAUAUAUUCAAAGAACUUGGAUCAUGGAAUUGCUUUAGCAGGUGAAGAAAAGACCUGUUCUGUUUUGAGAAAUCUGGCUCCUUUCACUUAUUUGUGGUAACAUUCCUUUAAUAUUCCAAUAGCAUGGAGAGAGAAUCUAGAAGUUGGAAUAUAUCUUCAACUGUUCUUAAGAAGUUAUUUUCCUAUAUUUGGAUAUAAGUAAGCACAGGCCGCAUCCAACCAACUCCCAAAACUCCCCCUCCACCCCCAAUUUCUAUAAAGAACAGGUACAAAUUAAUGGCCAAAAGCAAAAUGCAUAACAAUUUCUGAAAGUUGAUAAAGUAUCUGUUGUUGUUUAAAAAAAAAAAAGCUCUACUAAGCCCUACUAAGCUCUCAAAACAUGAUAGCGAUCUGCAGUGUUGUAUUCUUUAAUUAACUCAUUUCACUUGUUAGUCUAAUUUUAGAAAUAACCGGUGAUGCACAGACAACUGACUUCCUGUGUGUAUGUGUGUAGGCAUACCUCAGAAUAUCUCUAUAAGGUCAUUUAAUAUGAUGUGCAGAUAAGAUGAUGAUUCUAUUACCUGUUUUCUUUAUAUCCAAAAUCCAAAUGUCUGCUUUGGGUUAGAACUGAAUAUAUAAAUGUCGUUGUCCAAGAUGCCAUCAUGCUAGACAUUUUUGAAGAAGUCUUUCUCUUUGCAGCAUUGUAGGCUGGUCACCAGGAUACAUUUAUGUAUCCUAAUGGACUAUUAGUUUCCCAUAACCAAAGGGAAGAUUUAGCUCAUGUGUCUCUCAUUGGUCUUAGUCUUUACGGGGUAGUUGGUAUUUUGUUUAGUGUAGGAAAUGUAGACAUUUACUAGGUGAAUGCUUUAAUUGAAUCUACUUUCUUUAUCUAGCUGAUAAAGAAACCAUCUCAAACUAGGAGACAUUGAAUGUUCUACCUGCUCCUUCCUAAAUUAUGGGCGGGUCCUUUGGGGAUAAUGGAAGCUAUGAGUUGAAGAGCAUCAUUAGAAAUGGGGUGGUAAUAAGUUCCAGCAGUACUGUAGAUUGAAAUACAUAUUCUGACUUCUUAGGUGGACCCUUGAGGCCAAGCUCCCACUGCCAUGUUUUGAUGCCAGUAUCCAGUGGGAAGGCUGAAACUGAAUACAUUGUUUACAUUAUUCACAUGUUAGUGGAGAAAGCAAUUCCCUGCACCAGGUGAACCAGUUGAAAUAAUGUAAUAACUGCCAUAGUUGAAAUAGGUCAGGCAGACUGCUUAUAUCUGAUUAUGCUAAACUUUUUCAGAGACACUACUUUUCUACUUAUUAAACUCCAGACAAUCAGCCUUUCUGCUUGUCCUCCAAGUGCAUUUUACCGUGUUAAAAUGGUGUGCAGCAGGCAAUUCGUUAAUAAAUCAAUUGACCUACAUAAAAUUUCCGUCAUGGGACUGUGUUAGGGAAACAAACUUAUUUUUAUUGUUAGAUUUAAAAUGGGAGGGGUUGUCCUUUUAAGGAUGGUCCUUCACUUUAGCAGUCUGCUCAUUGAGAAGCUGAUAUGAGAUUUGGUUUUUGUGCCAAAACAGGUUGUCCUUGUGCUCCACAUGGGAAUCUCAGCAAAUUAUGUUUUUGCAACCACAAAAGGGUAGCAGCUGGGAGUUCAAGGAAACUAUCAGGGGAUGUGCCUUAAUGAAUCUAGUAUUUAUGUAUCACUAUUGGUAGUUCCAUGUGGGCAAAUUCCAUUCUAGUUCUUAGUACUCCUGGGAAAAUGUACAGUAAGUCACAAAGUUGAUUGCUUUGGAUAUAAGCAAUUAUAUGAAUCUAUAGAGAUAUGUGAUGUCUGUUGUUAAUGGAUAAUUACUAGUUCUUUGGUGGGGGCGGGGGGAAGCUAGUAUGGAAGCCAUGCAGAAUAAGCAUGAUGUGGUUACUACUUUUUAUUAUUCUUAUAAAAGCAUCUAUUAACAUUGUGUAUCAUAUAUCAAAGUUCUCCAGCUGCAUGAGAGACAGUAUUGUGGGGCUGUUUGUGCUGCUGGUAUUUUUCACAGCACAUCGCACAGCCUACAGUUUUAUCUUUUGAGGGUGGAGGGCAUGUCAAAAGAUCUUUUACUUAAAAGGAAAACAAAAAUACUGCAUAGAAGAACAUGAAUGUGGAAAAUAGCUUUGUGUUUGUUAUUCCUGUAUUGAUUAAAAACAGCUUUCUUGGAUGUCAGAGUUGUGACAUUUGAAACAUUUUGGUGAAAUGCCUUCAGCUUGUUUACAAUCUUAACAUUUGAAGAGGGUUUUGUUUUCCAGGAGCCUUUAAACCAACAUAAUCAUUCUUAAUCUGACUAUUCUUCAAAUCAUUUUAAAGACUGAAAUAUUUUAUGGUCCUUGAGUUUAUAAAAGAUUUCCAUUAUGGGUUCAAGUUAAUGGUCCUUGAGUUUCUAAAAGUUAUUUGGAAAAUAUAAGGUAUUAUGUACUUAGUAUAAGGAUCAGGAAACUGCUAGUGUAUUUAUGUUCUUCUGAGAGUUAAUGUUUAUUUGUUAAUACAAAUGAAAGUCAAAAAGGCAGUAACACGUAUUUCUUGUACAGUACUGCACAUGUCUAUACCUUUAUGUACUGCAUGUCAAAGCUGCAAUUCCAGUAUUAAGCCUACUAAGCAGUAAACCUUAUUGGACUCAGUGGGAUUUACUACUGAGUAAACAUGCACCCUGUUGCACAGUUAAUAUAUAUUUCAGUUAAGACUGCUCUGUGUCAGGAUUGGGAGAGGGGGAGUGUUACAAAAUAAACACAGAAGCGGCAGUAAAAUCACAAGACAUGCUAUCUACAUUAUAAAUCUAAUCUAAAGUUCAGUUGUUAGUCUAGCAUCAGUCUCCUUGACAGUGAACCAUCAGACAUUUUAGGACUUGGAAAAUGAGGUUAUAUAUGUUAUGUGUUACUAAAACAAUGUUUCUAUAUAGGUUAGAGAUCAGAAUAUGCAGAAAUAGAGAUCUGGUUCAUUUAGGAGCUGGGAUUGAGUCUGUUCAGGAGCAACUACGUUGCUGGACAUCCAUGCUGUUGGUAACUUUGAUCACUAUUCUUCAUUCCCCCCCCCCCCGCUGUAUUCGUAGGCCAACUUUGAUGGGUGGGUGAGAUUGCCUGCCUGCCAGUCACCUGAUGGUCUAAUGUCAUGCGGACAGUGCAUGUCAGAGUUAAAAGAUAAUUGUAACUGCAGAUCAGCUGGCCAGUGAUUACAGCAAUCUCCUUUACAGGUGCACUCCUUUGUAAAUGCACUUCCAGCGACAAUCAGCUGAUUGGCAGUGAGAGUGCACCUUCAAGAGGGUUUCCUGUAACUACUGAUCAGCUCAUUUGCAGUUACUGGGCCCUUCUUCAGAGUCUUUUUGGAGCAAUCACUUGAAAUCCAAACUCCUUCCUCUGUAGAAGGAGGAAUGACCUGUUUAAAGAUAUACCAUUUUUUCCUACAUAUGUUGGGGAAGUGGUUUGUAUUCAAAGUGCUGCCUGCAAACGGAACAGUUUUUUUCUCUGCAGAGAGAAAAAUGCUCCAUUUGGAGGAAGUACCGUAUUUUUCGCCCUAUAGGACGCACUUUUCCCCCUCCAAAAAUGAAGGGGAAAUGUGUGUGCGUCCUAUGGGGCAAAUGCAGGCUUUCGCUGAAGCCUGGAGAGCGAGAGGCGUUGGUGUACACCGACCCCUCUCGCUCUCCAGGCUUCAGGAAGCUAUCCGCAAGCCUUGCACGCCCGGCGGGAGUUCCCGCGGGCUCACAAGGCUUGCGGGCGGCAGCCUGCAGCCCGGAGCACGGGGCGCCCUCCGGAGGACGCCCCAUGCUUCGGGCAGGUGUCCGCAAGCCUUGCGCGCCUGGGGCAAGUUCCCGCGGGCUCGCAAGGCUUGCGGGCGGCAUCCCGAAGCACGGGGCACCCUCCGGAGGAUGCCCCGUGCUUUGCACAGAUGUCCGCAAGCCUUGCGCACCCAGGGGAACUCCCCCCGGGCUUGCAAGGCUUGCGGAUAGCAGCCUGUUCUGGGGGCUGGGGUCGGGGGAAGCUCGGGCUUCCCCCGCCCCAGCCCCGCGGCUGGGGGGGAAAUAAUUUUUUAAAAUUCAUUUCCCCCCCCAAAAAUGAGGUGUGUCCUAUGGGCCAAUGCGCACUAUAGGGCGAAAAAUACGGUACUUCGAAUCCAAACUGCUUUCUCCAGCCCACUAAGCUGCUCCAGGCAAUUAGAUCCCAGUGGGAUCUCAUUAUGAUAUUGUACACGAUACAGCAGAGCACAAUACAGUAGUACCUCGGGUUAAGAACUUAAUUCGUUCUGGAGGUCCGUUCUUAACCUGAAACUGUUCUUAACCUGAAGCACCACUUUCGCUAAUGGGGCCUCCUGCUGCCGCCGUGCUGCCGGAGCACAAUUUCUGUUCUCAUCCUGAAACAAAGUUCUUAACCUGAGGUACUAUUUCUGGGUUAGCAGAGUCUGUAACCUGAAGUGUCUGUAACCUGAAGCGUCUGUAACCCGAGGUACCACUGUAUAAUAAAAACAAAACAUUAAAACAGUGUGUGAGUGCACAGACAAAAAGCAAAAUGGAUCUGUUUCAGGGGCUCAUAUUGUCUGGUCAUCAAUUGGAAUGAACAGAGUGAUGUAUACUGGGUCAGGCAGAUGGUCAAGCUCCAAAAGGUGGCUAUCCUAGUUAUGGUACAGGCAUUUCUAGAGCAGCAACUCUGUAUAAUGAGAGCAAUAUUACCAUGUUGUAGAUAGUGAUAAUGGACAAUUGUAGCUACUUAACUUUUGCCUUUUAGCAUAAAAAACGUCCCAAACCAAGCCACUCCUCAUUGUAGGCUUGGGGAAACUGUGGUCCUCUAGAUGUUGUAAGACUCCAGCUCACAUCAGUCAGCAAGCCCAAUGGCCAGGAGUCUAGGAACAUCUGCAAGAUCACAGGUUCUCAUCUCUGCCCUGUUGACUACCUAGAUCUCCUGAUGAGGUGUAGUAGCCUCUUCUUGCCAUUAGCUCCUUGGGCCUGUUCACUGGUUCUGUAAGCUCUGCUCUGUUUAAACUAUGACCCCAAAAGAGUAAUCAAGCACCUAAAAUACAGAUCCUCAUAAACAGUAAUUUCACCAUCUCAUAAUUUCUGUUAUACCAAUAAGGGAAUUCUCUUUCUCCGUACUGAUGUGUUUAACCUAUUCUAAUGUACCACUUCUUGAUAUAUUUAUCAAUAUGCUAUCCUGUUUGUGGUAAUUUUUUUGUUCUUGUUUUGCUAAAGUAAAUAUGGCAAUUCUAUUACCUUUAUAUUUUAGUUCUUGAACCUUGUAAAUAACAGUAAGCAUCAGUUUUGUAGGUUGCAUUAAAAAUUUAUCAAGGAGAGAAAGAAGCUGAAAUUACUUCAGAUUAAUUAUCUGGUGUGCGUUUUCCUCAAGAUUAUCCCAACAGCAGCUGGUGAAAAUAGCAUUUGAGGACAAAAGAAAGAACAUAGUCUCUUAAGUUUUAUAGCUAGUGACAGUUGCUUUGUCUGGGUAUUCGUCAAAGGGCAGCCAAGUGUCAGAAUAAUCCUCGAUUCCUAUCUUGAACUGAAGUAAUUUAAUACAUACCAUUUUCCCAUUGCUAAUGCUUCUCUCAAUUAUUUUUCUGACUGUUGUUUCUCUUUUGUGUGUAUUUAAUGGAGUUCCAGUUUCAAAUUAAUCUUAAAAGACAAAUAUCUUGUUAAUAUUUUAUGAAAGAAUUGCAGGCAGACAUAAUUGCCACUUUUGCUGCAAGAGGAUGGAACAAGAAAGUGGAGCUUAAUAUAAUUGUGAGAAGUGUAAGAGGUUUAAAAUCAGAAUGUUUUGCUGGCUAUGUUUGAAAGUAAUGCUAAACGAUCAUUUAGUGUAAAGUGAUCAAGCCACAGGCCGUACCUGCAAGGAAGAGAUUAGAUGUUUUAUCUUUCUUUUUUCAACUAAGCACAGUUUGUUCCUAUGCCUGAAUCUGGACAAGCUGUGUUAAUGACAGGAAUAGCCAUUGAGAUGCCAUGCGGGUAUUGGACUACAACUUCCAUGUUGCUUGACCAUUGGAUAUGCUGGCUGGGGUUGAUGGGAGUUGAUGUCAAACAUCUGGAGAAUGCACAUCAGCUACCCCUGGUUGGGAAACAGGCCAAUAUUAGAAAUCACUUGGCUUGUUUCCCUUGAGUUGAGACUAAACACAGUUUGUAUGGGUUUGGACAUAACAAACACAGCUGAUAUUGCAGCUCUUGUAAGGAGAGGGAGACUAAAGCAUAGCUUGUUAUUAUGCCUAAAUCCAAGAAUUGUGGUGGACAAGUUCUCAGUUUUGAAAAAAAUGAGUAUGAAAAACCAGAAAUUAAAUGUUUUAACUAGAAGCAGGGAUAUAUCUGAGAUAAAUGCUGGAUAUAAUCUUAACUGGGAAAUGAUGCUUCAGAGAUGAAAUAACUAAAGCGAAAUGAAAGAAAACAGGCUCGGAGAUCUAGUCAGAUAAAUACAGUUGGCAACGCAAAUGUUCUGAACCAUCUGUUGUCCUUGAGAGGACAAAUCGUAAAUUUACUGAAUGAGGUUUCAUUUUCACUGUGGUUUCUCAGUUGAGUAGACCUAGCCAAAACUUAUAUUUAGAGGUGAAGUGUUAUCUAAACUUGGGUGUAGCAAUGCUUUUUUGUUGUUUUUUUGUUUUAAAAAAGCUUUUGCAACGACGUGGAAAAUGUGCUGCCUUCUGAGGGGGUUAGUUUGUGUUGAAAGACUCUUCCACAAUAUCUUGCUGCCUGUCAUUUUCAAAGCCUUGUUCAUGGCAAGUAGCAACAGAAUGCCAGGAGCUGAAAGGGCUCUUCUACUUGACCAGCUCCUUGACCCAUGACUUACAUGCUUUGUUGUGGCUGUUAACUGCUUUUCUUCAGUGCCAAUUUGAUUUCUGUUGCAAUGUUUCCACUUUGAGUCUCUUGUCCCAUCCCCCAUCCUGUCGCUCCCCUCCCCCUCCCAUUGUAAAUAAGUCCUUCUAGCCAGUACGAUUACUGGUAGUAAUCGUCCACUUUUUACAGCACUGGUGAAUUUCUAAGAUUGCAGUCUUUCUAAGUGCAGCUCAGAUUGUCUGGUUUUUAUACUCUGUUUUAAAGAUAACAUGUUUGGGAGUGUGUGUGUGUAUUUGUCUUUUAAAGAGGUAUACUCUUGCGCAGCUGAUUUAUACUGCUCUUCUCUCUCCUAUUUUAAAAUAUACCUUAGCAGUGUCGAUUAGAAUUCUAGUUAAAAAGGUUGAGAUUACUACUUGGCUUCGUCCCAAAGUCCUAAAAGAAGGUACUGUACAUUUUAAGGAUAACUUAGGGUGUUAUGUUCCAUACUGCCUUUAAACACAGGCUGUAUACAAGGAGAGUCAUAGUGUCACCAUCUGGAUGUCAUGGCAGAACGUUCAGUGUGACAUGAAUAAGCCAAGGUGAACUUCAAGCCCUCUCCUUUUCAGCAUGACCACAAAGAUGAGUUUGGAACCUUUUUAUUACUGCUCAGUUAAUGACCGAUAAUGUCUUUGGCUGCAGACAUUGGGUUGCUAAAGGGUUCACUGGAUGGCAUUGAACAAAUUACUUAUCACAUAGCCUUUCCUAUUUUAUGUGGGAUAAUAUCCACAUACCCUGAAUUCCUUGAAGAGUGAACAAAAUACAAGUGUGACAAAAACAAAUUAAGAAGUGGACACAACUGCAAAGCAAAAACAUUUGAAGGAAUUUGAAGGAAUAUCUAAUUUCUAAUGCAUCCUUAAGAAAGUUGCAAGUUUUAAGAAUGCUAUUAUCAUGUGUUCCCAUCUGGUGGUGCUGAUUACAAAUAUGAGAGCUGCUACUGGUUUUGAGUUCCCUCUGACAAUAUAGCUUCCAAAGAAUAUACUAGCGCUCUGACAUGCAAAAUCACCUGUGGUCAGAUCCACCUCUUAAACUGUAGCUCUGACCAUGAGUAAGAUGUGUGUCACAGUAGUUCUUCAGACAGUUACACAUGAACAGCAAAUGAAGAGGUAAAACUGUUCCACCUUCAGACUGCAGAUGGAGCAACUGCAUUUGUUUGGUGUUGUGUGGAUAGAGCAAUGGACUUGGCCCAGUGAGAUUUAUGUUAAGAUCUUUAUUUAAGUCAUGAAGCUCACUUGAGUGACUUUGGCCCAAUCACUCUCAGUCUACCCAAUUUCAUAAUGGCCUGGUUGGAACAUAAUGUGAAGACAUGGUUGGUUUAGCCAAGUUGUGGUUUGUUUAAAUGUCUGAACCCACCAUGGUUUGUUUUCUGGAAGCAAACUAUGCGUUUUUUUGCUGGCUUGCUAAUCAUCGCUUGUUUUAACUGUGAACCCAACAGCUAUUUUCAUGGGCGUAGCCAGGAUUUGCUAUGUAUUUUUUUUGAUUGGGGGGCAGCUGCCCCUCCCUGUCCCCCCAGGCUAUGCCCAUGGCUAUUUUACUAUAGUUUAUUGAUUUGGGGAGAGGGGGCUACCCUGCCUCAGAUUCUCACCAGGCUACAGAGGCAAGAACAGCUGGAAAAAGUUGAAAAUAAAGGAGAAGAUUGGAAGUGAGGUAACAGAAUUCCAGCCUUUCUUUUCCCCCUAAUGUGGUAGUUAGCAUUCCCUGUGUAUGGUUUUUUUCAUGGUAGAUUGGUCAAGAAUAUGCCCCCACCACACUAAAAUCCGCAUCUGUACUCCUAUACCUGAGAAGCAGUUUACAGUUGCUGUUUCUGUGUAGAUUAGGCCAUAAUGAAGUUGUUUGUGAUGAUAUUAGGUUCUCUCUUCCUGUGGAUAAUAGAUGAUAUUCAGUGUUAGUCAUUGACUAUUACCAUUGAAAUCAAUUAGUCUACUAAUUUCAAUGCGUCUACUCUUGAGCAUAACUUACUUGGAUAUCACCCAGUAACAUUAGAAGCAACUGCAUAGCAUUCAACUCUCCCUGUAGCUAGUUUUCUUAGGGCAUGUCCUUUGUGUUUAGAUCUAUCAGAUGCUACCUGUAAGUUGUUGUGCAUUGUUAUAGACCCCAAUCUCUGCUGAGUGGCAGCAAAUUCCAGGGGUCUUGGCACUUAACCAGGGUUUGUGUUCUUUUGGAAUGAGGCACAGCAGACACUGUCGUGUCUUUAAGAAAUAUGGUUUAUUUACACAUAUUUACAGCUGAGUUUUCAGUGGAGGGGGUGCAGAACAUUACACCCCAUUAGUGUCUCUUGUUGUUCCCCUCAUAGCUUCAGCAAGCUUGCGGCCAGAGCAAAGCCAGUCAUGCUCCCCAGUUUUUCAGUGCAGCCUCUCCCAGCCUGUAUGCAUGGAGUUCUGGCCCCUUCCUCAUUCUUCCCCAAAAUCCUCCAAAUGCAACUCAGGCUGUGUGUAAAAAGGGCAUUCUUUUUUCCUGUGGUGACAUCACACCUUCCCUAACCCUAGCAAUUUCUCCCUCCCAACUCUGCUAUUGUCUCUUGCUUACACACAGCUGGGGGAGGAACUCCCCCCCCUUGACUGACACUGAAGGCCGAUAUCUUUUGUCAAGGCAAUGGCCCUUCUCUCACCUGUCUUUGUUCUUUGAUGGCACCUCUGUCAACUGAUCUCCUUAAACAGAAGAACUGGCUCAGCCUGUAUUUUUACACUGUGCCUGGCAUCUUCCCUUAGUACUCCAAAUAUUAGCUAAAGCCUACAAUUUACUAAAUUAAAAAUUUAGGGGGAGCCCCAUAAAAAACCCCCAUAAUGGUAUCUAUCAGAAAUUGAAUAUCUGGUCUAGCAGUGGGGGGAAAGAUGCUCUGUCGUGACAUUUUGAUAAUCAGUCCCUCUAUAUCCAACGUUCAUGUUGUAAGUGCCAUUGAUUAUGUCGCCAAAACAGUACCACCUGUGCAAAUGGAAAGCCCCAAGGCUUGUACAAGUAGAGGGGGGGAAAAAACCUACGGGGGAUUUGUUGUUGUUGUUGAGAUAUUUCACACAAGAUGAAAAAGACGCUUUCAUAUUUAGCAUAAGGGUUCAUAGUUGUUUUUAGGUUUUUCAAGCUUAGUUUAAUAUUACAGAAUUUUAUAUUGUUUACUGUCUUGGAUGAAUUUGCUGUGUGGGGUGAUUGCCCAAGAUGUUGAAAUGUGGGCACAUAAAGUAAUAGUGCACAGGUCCCAGAAGUUGAGUAAGAGUGUGCUGAUUUCUACAUCGACACUGGCAUCUGUCCUAACAGCAGUUCUGUCACUUGUUUAGCCAAUAGGUGUUCUUUUUAGUUUAGUACAUUUUUAUAACUUUAGCAGUAGGAUUUUGAAUACCAAACAAUUUCACCUGUUCUUUGAGUAGAUUAUAAGAAUGCUAGAGGAAUGUUUUUGACUUGCUUUUUGCAGUAAGUUGUGCUACUCAUGUUGUCUUUAUCUUACCACUAAGCAGAGUACUGAUAAAGAAACAUGCAUUGCAAACAACGUCAGUAGGAGCACAAAAACAAUUCUGUCUUUCAUCUCCAUUUCGUAGCAUAAAAAUGGUUGGCCUUUUCUACCCUAUGCUUAAGGAAAAAAACCCAACUAUACUAUGGAAACCAUUAAAAUUUCAUUUGGUAGGAUAUGCAAAGUGGCAAUAUAGAUUUAUAAAGUUGCAGGUAAAAUAUGAGUUUGUAGUGGCAAAAACAAAGGCUGCAGCUCAAAACAGUGUUAAAAAAGCAAGAGCAGUGUGGCACCUUCCAAAAUAACAAAUUUAUUGUGGCAUGUGGACCAGAGCCUACUUUAUAUGGCUGAAAUGCCAUUUUCUGUUGGUAGGUAUAAUACACAUGGAAAUGAAAUGUAAAAAAAGAAAUGUGAUAAUUAUGUUAAAGCUGAAAUAGAUGCAAAAUUAGCACAGUGACUACUGCACAGCAGCAUGAAAUGCUACCUCAAACACCUCAGCAUUGCUUGGGUUAAUUAACACCUGUAACAGUGUUUGUAUUAGGAUGUUUGUGUUACUAUGGGAGCUCCUGUAGAAGAGUUUUGCUUCAGGGUAACAACUUACAAAGAAUAUGCCCAGAACUGUCUCUCCAUUGAAAUUAAUUGUGAAGCUCUGUGUGCACACUCAAGCCCCCCACCCCCACCCCUGAUAGUGAUUAAUAUAUGGCACGCAUACACGGAGUUGCAAAAUGCCACUGGAUCAGGUGAAUAAUGAUUUGACAAGCAACUCUCUUGGAGGUAGUGUUGCAUGCCAUUUGCUCUGCUAAAUCGCUGUGUAAAUACACUUAAUCUGUUCCACGGUCACCUGACUUAAUGAACAGCUAAGAUAUGCCCAAUAAGAUAAAUAGUCACUUUUGUAGUAUGGCAGUUUGGUUACUAAUAAGAAAAACAGGUGCUUUGUAUUUGUAUAGCUCUUCACACAUGCUGUCUUGAUAGUCCUUAAAACAACUCUGUAAGGUACCUACCAGACAGGGUUGGCCCAAGCAGUUUUGCUGAUUUUGAGGCAGGCCAUGUCACCACCAUUUGCUACAGCCACUGACAAGUUUCGUGAGACUUCAUCCAGCCCAGAGACACAGUAUCAUGAGGCUUGGUCAGCUGAGUUUUCUGGGAGACCUGUAUAAGGCUUCUUUCCUCUGUUGUCUGACCUUAGUCAAGACUGUACUCUUUAAGUGUGGCAGGAGGUCCACUUCAAUCUGAAGAGUAAUUAAGCACCUGAGGUGUUUCAUGGCCCAGUCAGUAGAGUUCUGGCCUGGUCAUGGAGCACCCACCAGGUAGCUGGUGGCAAAGGCUUAAGUGGUGUGGGAGCCACCCAGCCAAUCCAUAGUGAUGUACUCUUUCUGCUGUGAUUAAGUUGAUGACGAUGAUUCAUUUUGUUUCUAUACUGCUUUAUAUUUUUAAGGAAAUAAAACACCUCAAAGUGAUUUACAAACCUGCAUUAAAACCUCAAAUAAAGCAAUCCAGAAUAAAACAUUACUGAAGAAGGCGAAAUAUAAUGCAUACAUUCAAAGCAACAGAAUGAACAGGAAACUAAAAUAUUAUCUUAAAAGAUUCCAAAAUAAAACAUUGCAAAGGAGAUCAACUACAGAUUGCGCAUGUACUGUUAACACAUUUUUUAAAUCUUAAACAUUUCAAGAGAAAACAUUACUAAAGGAAUUCAAAUGUAAAAUGCACAUUUAAAACAGCAUAAUUAGCAAGACAAUACAAUAUUAUCUUAAGCAUAGGACAUUGCUGCUGCUGCUGCUGCUGCUGCUGCUACCAAUCCUGCCUAGGGUGGUUCACGGCAGGUGGCAGCUGCGGAAGCUCAGACUCAGUGACCUGGAUCUGUACUAAGAGGCAGCCAAGAUGAUCUCUGGCUUCUUCAGCAGCUUCAGCUUUUGUAGUUGGGAGUCAGGGCCCCACCCUGUCAGGCCUGAUGGAAAAAUGCAAGGCAAGGGAGCAGGUCUUCCAGGUCUCAAAGCCAAUAUGAAUGGCUCCGUCUGGUUUCUAAUAGGGCCAGGCUGCAUUCCGGAUGGGAUCCUGAGAAUGAGAGUCUAAGGCCACCCAGUGUUCUGUUCAUGGCUGACUUGAUAUCUAUAACAUUUAUUCCCCUUCCCCACACAAAUAUCAUACUCUCAACCACAUGUAUCACUCUUAUUUCCUGUUUUUAAAAAAGAUUCACGCUGAAGACUCUUGAGAUCAUUACGCUGCUCCAGAACGUAACAUUUUAUGUUGUUCUUUUUAUUCUGUACAAAUCAGUUGUGAUUGAAUUUUUACUCUUGCAUGACAUGCAAAAUUGCAUGCUGUUUUCUGAUGGAGCUGAGAUAUGUCAAAUGAAAUGUAUAAACCAUAUGAGAAUUUGCAAGUUCACAAGACUUGGCUUUACAUUUUUCAGGCUUUGUUUAGCUUCCCAUUUGGCUGUUUUCCCUUUUUUAGGAUGGAAUCGGGGGAAGGGAAGCAAUUUACUUCUUCAUGCUAGUAUAUAUCACAUGCACUGGAAAGUAUUGCAUAUCCUUCAGGGUCUAUCAGGUCGUAGCUGUAUCCUACUAUUUCCUGAAUCUGUAUUAUUUCACUUAUGAAGAAAACGGAAAGACCCAAAAUAUGGUUUUAAUUGACAACUAACAGGAGAGUUUAUACUGAUAUGUUAUUAUCAGAAUGUGGAUACUGUAUUAAUAAUUAAACUGAUCUAGCUGACUUUGCAAUUCCAGAUAUCUUAGGCUAUGUAAUGUUUCAUGGCCUAGUUUAAACUGGUUCUGAAAAGACUGAAAUAGGGAUAGCAUCAGUAGAUACAUUCACACAAAAACAGGUAGCUGGAUGUAAUGACAUUUUAAACAAGUGUGUUAACUUCCUAUUACUUUGAAACUACCUUGCAUUUCCUUUCAGCCUCCCAAUUUCUGUUGAGAAAUGAGGUAACUACUUCUGGUUGGAUGUAAUAGCCUUUUUAUCAAGUGUGCUAACUUCCUAUUACCAUGCCACUACAUUGCACUUCUUUCUGUAUCCCAGUUUCUGUUGGGAGAUGAGAUUCUAAGUUCACACCACACUGCUGUAAUAAACACAUAUACAAGAAGGUGAAAUAUUAGAGUUCUGGCUUGAAAAUAUUUAAGCACAAUGAGCCUUAAGGUCAAUACAAGCCCUAAUUAAUCUAAACCCAACAACAUGCAAUUAUGCUAAUGCAAUGUAUUUUUAACUCUUCUGUUACUUUCCUAUGGCUUUGUAUUCAUUUCACUACUAGUAUGAUAGUAACUAGGGAAAUAUUUUCAUGGGCACCUAUUGACAUUACUUUUUGGCUCUUUUUCACUAUGCCUAUAGUGCUUAAAAGUACAAACAAGGAGUGCUUCCACAUUAGCCCUUUAUUCAUUAUUAGGUCACUCGGGGUUUUUUUUGCGAACAAUCCAGGUGACAUUCUCCUGAAACAGUUCAUUUCCUAUCCUGACCCAUUCAUUCAUGUUCUGCUUAUUCCAUCCUUCGUUUUUUGUGUGUUUGUCUAUUACAUUUAAAAUGCAUUUCCGUGCCAGCGUCUUCAUCGCCAUCUCUCUCUACUCUUCGAUGAGUAAAACUGAUAAAGUGUCUGUAGGUUUGGGUACUCUUGUCAGUUAUCUCACAUGCCCUGUCCAUCUUGUUUUUUAAAACACAUUUCUAUAUGCACCACUGCUGCCGGGCGUAAGUGCAUAGUAUGGUUUUAUUCAUAAGCAUCUUCCGCAGAGCAGCAGCAGCAGUGUUGCAGAUAGUGAGAAAGUGGUGGCCAGAUCUUGUGAGAGAAGGCAAAAGAGCUGCUUGAUCCCUUCCCCCUCAGCCCUGCAGCACUCUCAGCUGCCUGCUGCCAGAGCAGUGCGUCUGCAAGAUCCUUUUGUCUGCCUGCUUGUCACCUUAUGCUGCCAAGGGGAGAGAGUCUGAGAAGGAGGGAUGGGCAUGGCAAUAAAGCAUACCUAGAGCCAGGAGGGUGGAGGAAACUUGGGCAGCUGCUGUUGUGGGAGUGGCAACUCAGCAGGCAAGUGUGUCCAGAACAGGAAUGGUACUUCCUUCUAUAGACGCUGGCCAUUUUGCUCAGUUGCAUUACAGGGGAGCUCUUUCCCUCCUGCUGCAUCUCAGAAAAUCAACCCACCCCCCCUCUGACAUCCUUCUAGUGCCCCCACCCAUUUAGAUGGUCCCCCUCACUUGAAUCCGGCCCUCAUUUCCGGCUUAUUUCCAUCUUCCAGAUGAUGAGAAAGUUCUAGCACAGGGCUAGCACUUAAUACUGGUGCUGGAUGAGACUCUUGAGAGUCCCAUGGACUGCAAGAAGAUCAAACCUAUUCAUUCUUAAGGAAAUCAGCCCUGAGCGCUCACUGGAAGGACAGAUCCUGAAGCUGAGGCUCCAAUACUUUGGCCACCUCACGAGAAGAGAAGGCUCCCUGGAAAGACCUUGAUGUUGGGAAAGAUUGAGGGCACAAGCAGAAGGGGACAACAGAGGACGAGAUGGUUGGAUAGUGUUCUCGAAGCUAUCAGCAUGAGUUUGACCAAACUGCGGGAGGCAGUGGAAGACAGGAGUGCGUGGCGUGCUCUGGUCCAUGGGGUCACGAAGAGUCGGACACGACUAAACAACAACACCAACAAGCACUUAAUACACAGCAUUAACAAAAGCUUUGGCAUCCCCGCCCCCCAGAAGCACCCUGUUUGAUAUUAGACUACAUUGUGCCUAUGCACAAUGGCUAAUCAGAGUUAUGCAAGACUAGUCUUCCAACUGACAUGUACAUAUUGGAACAGAGGUCUGCAUGCAUGAAUUGGAGGCUAACACAUAUUUGGUUAUAAAAUCUAACAUCAGGGCAAGGCAGUAUAAAUUGCAUGGAUUGAGACCACAGGAACUUGGGUCUACACAUGUAAGUCUCUGUUAAAACAUGACAUCUACCACACAAUUUGCUCUGGGGGUUGCAGAAUGCGGGUAAGCUCGUUAGAUCCUGAUCUCUUACUACAUGUUGGCACUACGAGAGGCUAUGCUAAACACUAUGUUGUUUAGAUUUCAUUAUCACCUAAUGUUCAUAAAUGUAUGUCAAGUAUAUUAGGUGCUAUAUGCAGAUAAAAGUAAAUGAGCAUGUGCCCUUAGACUCACAAAACCUGCCCAUUAUUCAAUACUCAAGAUGCUCCCCUCCCUAAGUACAGUUGAAAUUGCCAGAUCUUAUGCAUGCAGAUCUCCUGUAUUUGCUCUCCUGUUCACUCAUGAAGCGGAAUAAGUAAGCCUUAUCCCUAAUGAACUAUAUGACACCUGGAAAAACAGUGGAGGUUACUUUGAAGAUUGGAGCUAAAGUGCCUUUCUGUCUGCUUAUGGGUUUUUUUUCUUCAGAGGCAACAUGUUCUCUUUCAUGUUUUGUAGUAAACUAAAUGGUUCUUGUUUGUGGCCAUAUCUGAAUAUAAUGGUCUGCUACCAGAGGAGAUACAUGGGAAACAGCUGUACUUGUCACUUUAAAUGUCAUGAAAUAUAAGCACAGGAAGAACUAGUUCUCUGUCCAUUUUUCUUGAUCUGGACAAAUGGUUCCUAAAACCACAUUUUCAGUGUUUUGUUUUUUAACAAACAAUGGCUUGACAAGAUGACAGAGGUUUUGUUGAGCUCAAUUUUGAUGUUAACACAGUUCCGCUUUUCUCUGAUGAGCACCUUUAUUGGGGUGGGAUGGGGGAGUAUUAGCCAGAGCAUGAGAUGCUGGCCAGCAAGGUGUCACUGGUGUUUGUGACUUUUUCCAGUGCUGAUUUGGUACUUAUCAAGAGUUGAGGUUGUGCAGUGCAGUGCAUGUUAUGGUUAUGUAGUUGAGAGUGGAUGGAUGGAUGGAAAUAGUUUCAUAUUUUCCAGGGUGAAAGCCUGCCGUGGUAUAGAAUUCAGCCCCUCUCAAGUGAGAGAAGGGAAGGAGAGUAUUUGAUGGUACCGGGGAUGUGGGACACGAGGCCAGUGCUACUUUAGAGUUUGGGAGAGUAACGUAUAUGCUUGGCAGCAAUCCUUUUUUUUUUUAAAUCAUAUUUAUUAAAGUUUCCAAAAAUAUAAAAAUACAAAGAAAAAAAAGAAAAAGAAAAAAAGAUAUUUAAAAACCUUACUUUCAUUGCCUACUUUCUGGGACUCCCCCCCUCCCCCGACUGUAUUCCCUUUCCUUAAUUUAGUUCUACAAGCUCUCACUCCCAAUUUGAAGCUUAAUUUGUUUAACCCACUAUCCAAAUUGAAUUGUACAAAUCUUACCACCGUCCCACAUCAUUAACAAGAAAAGAAAAAGAUUUUCCCCAAGAUCCACCCCAGUUCCUUCCACGAAUUCCCUUUUUUAAACACGUCCAAUCAAAAUAAAAUGACAUGCGUAAGUUAUGUAAAAAAAUAAACACUAACAGAUCUAGAAAAAUUCAAAAGAUGGUUACACAGCCUUUGGAUUUCAAAUCUCCCCCCCCCCUUCCCCGGUUUGAAUUCCCCAUAUCCAUCAGUCUGUGCAUUAUCAGCUUGGAAGUCUCAAUUCAUGACCAAAUUUCUCCCCGAUUCCAUCUUGCCGGUUUUCUUUUAAUUUAUUAAUAAUAUGUAACUUCAAGUGUCCAAUCUAACAAAGGCCUUUAAUUUCCUUGAUCUUUACCACUCCUCCCGUUGUUCUUUCCGUGUCGUAAUCAGUCCUUUGUUCUUCUUUUCCUCACUUUCUCAGGUUUCUUGUCCUGUUCAGCUGCUAAAACUUUCUAAUUCAGAAAUCUGAUAUCUCUGCAGAGGUUUGUUAUUCAGGAACAAAAACUUACGUCCAGUCCCUUCCUUUCUUCAAUAGAAAAUUCUAUUGUCUCCUUUAAUGUAAAUACCUCUGUAGACAAAAUACUAUUUCAGUUUUGCAGCUUUCCCAAAAGAUAACAAGUCCUGUGCGAAUCCCAGAGUAUUUUUCCACUUACGACCGUUCUUGUAAUAUCCCGAAACCCCUCUAGGGGGAUUGUAAUAACUUUGCGUCCUCUAAUCCAAAAUUCAAAUUGUUGCUUAUUUUCCAACAAUUUAUAUCCAUAUUAUAGCAAAUUGUAGCAAAAUUAACCGGCAAAGUCCUCAUAACAAAGUCCUCUUUAUAUUCUCCAACUUUGACAGCCACUUUGACAGCUGUCAAAGUCUCCGUCUCUCUUCACCAGGCUCCACGAAUCGCCCCGGUUCCCAGGGGGUUGCAUUUUCUUCUCACCCUCCACUCUUCUCCUCCAGCACAGUUCUUAUAAUUUCCCAUCGUGAAAUUAAUGGUUUUUAUCAAGAAUAUACUUCCCUUUGGACCUUGGUUGCCCAGUCCUUGUUUUGGAAUGCUUACAGUAGGGGGAUUGACUUCCUUUUAAAUCGCCCCGCUCGUGCCAAAUCCGAAAUUUUGAACCCGGUUUCCCAAUUACUCACGGGUUGUUGUUAAUAGUCCAAAUUUUCAAUGGAAGAAGUCAGCGCUCUCCGUCGAAUGGCAUGCGGCUGCGCUCGGCAGGGAAAGCAGAAGACUCAAAGCACCACGCCGCUCCCCGGCACCCGAUCCGAAGCCUUUAAAAAGGCUCCUUCACGAGUCGGGAGGGCGCUAAUGGUGCAAGCCGAGUCACCCAUGUCCACGGACUCCGUGCCCGUGGUUUUUAAGGGUCCCCGCGUCGCCGGCGCGGUAGGACCCAGCCCCUGCCGAGCAGACUCCCUCCGGAGCUCGGAGGGAGUCCGCCAUUUGGCGAUGGCGCCAACCCGGAAGCCCCUGCUUGGCAGCAAUCCUUGACUGUGGGUUGUCAUAUGGUUUAGAGCAGACAUGUCCAAAAUCCAUUUCAGGGGCCUAAUCUGGCCUGCCGGUUGGUUUAAUCCGGCCCCUGUGGCAGUUUAUUUCCUGGGGUAAAAUCCCCCCCAAAAAACACAACAACAAAAAGGUCAACAACUUCAAUCCUAAAAAAAAGGUCAACAACUUUGGUUGGACCUUUGGUCGGCCCUCACAGCCCUUCACUUCAUCAAAUCUGGCUCUCUGGUUUAGAGAGUGGUGUAGAUCCAUGUGGUUGGUUGAUGGAGAUGUUUGAGGUCUUGAAUGAUUAUACUAGUUGUGUGGAAUGGAGCAUGAAUGAGAUGGGUCAAGUUGGUUAUAUGAAUGAGUGAAUGAAUGAUGUGUGUUGUUUUGAAGGUAGUUUCACAUUAUACUGCCUUGUACUGCUCUUAGACUUUUAUCAAUAUUGUUUUUAGGUAAUUUGAUAUUGUUUAUGUAUUCAUGUUUUUAUGGUACUUAUGUGGUUUUGAUGGUACUUGCUGUGUUUAGAUGUAUAUUUAUGUAUUUUAAUCCAGUGUAAACCAUUUCAAGAUAUUCAGAUAGUAAGUGGUCUGUAAAUGGAACCAAUCCAUAAAUAAAUAAAACAAAGUCAGGGUCGUGUAGUGGUUAAAGUGAUGGCCUAAGACUUGAGAGACUCUCCACUCUGCCAUGAAGCUCACUAGGUGACCUUGGGCCAGCCAGUGUCAAUCAGUCUAACCCACCUCACAGGGCUGUUGUGAGGAAAAGCUAGGGAGAGGGAGAACCAUGUGUAUCACCUUGACCUCCUUGGAUAAGAAGUGGAGAAGAAAUGCAUAAACAAACACGCUAACUAACUAACUAUGAAGUCAUGUUUCCAUGCAGUGUUGCUGUUUGGCAUCUAUUGAAAUCAAUGUAGCUGCAGGCUUGUGUGUAUGGAAUAGGCCUUGUGUUCAUGGGAGUGAACUGGGAAAAAUCACAAACCUAGGCAUGCAAUAACAUGUGCUUUUCUUUGGCAUUGCGCCUAUGAUGAUUAAAACUAGGUUCAAGCUCCUGUGUAAGUUUUUGGGUAAACUCUGUGCUUUUUUAAAGUGCGUUUUUUUAAAAACCUGAAAUGUAAAACCUCUGAGAACUUGGCAAGAAAGAUUUCCCCACUGCAGAUAAAAAUAAGCAAACAAAUAUGUGUAUUGCUGCUUGGUUUUUUUAAAAAAAGAUUUUAUUUAUCAACAUUUUAGAAAGCAAAGAACCUGUUAGACCAUAAAAUAGUUUGGGGGAGCAUAUGUAAUUGCUUCAUGUAUAUAUUUGUGAGAAUCUUAUUUUAGAAACUAGUGCAACCCUAUGCAUGUUUACUCUGAAGUAAGUACCAUAUACAGUAGGGCUUACCCCAGGGAAGUGUCCAUAGGAUCACAGAUUUCGGCUCUUUUACAAUAAUUCAUAUUAGGAAUAAAAGCUUUGAGCAACAAAAGAGGGAGGAACACAAACUUGCAGGUGGUCUGGAAAGGUGUGCCAAGUUGGCCGGGUAGAAAGUCAAGGGAGCAUAUUGAAUUAUGUGAGGCUCUGAAGCUCCACUGCUGAUUUUAAUUAUAAGGCUUUUAAAUUACCAUAUUUUUCGCACCAUAGGACACACCGGACAAUAGGACGCACUUUGUUUUAGAGGGGGGAGAACAAGAAAAAAAAUUUCCCCCCUCUCUGCCCAGCGCCCCUUCAGUGAAGCAGCAGGAGGCGCUGCACAGAGAGGGGGAGAAUUUUCCCGCUCUAAAACAAGGUGCCGUUUAAGGUGCGUUCAGGCGGCUACCUUGGAAGCCUGGAGAGCACGAGGGGUCGGUGUGCACUGACCCCUCUCGCUCUCCAGGCUUCAGGUUCCGUUUGACCUGCUCUUUGGGGCUGGCGGGGAAGCCCACCACCAGCCCCAAAGAGCAGGUCAGGGAGCAGCGGAAAGGCGCAGCGGAGAGGCUCCUGCCAUAGCCGCGCGUCACCUCUCCAGCCGGGAGAGGGUCGCAGGGCUAUGGCUUCUUUAGCCCCGCGCGCGCUCUCCCGGCUGGGGAGGUGACGCGCGGCUAUAGAGGCUCCUGCCAUAGCCGCGCGUCACCUCUCCAGCUGGGAGAGGGUCGCGGGGCUAUGGCAUCUUAACCCCGCGCGUGCUCUCCCGGCUGCAGAGGUGACGCGGGGCUGUAGAGGCUCCUGCCAUAGCCGCGCGUCACCUCUCCAGCCGGGAGAGGGUCGCGGGGCUAUGGCAUCUUCGCUCCAUAGGACGCACACACAUUUCCCCUUCAUUUUUGAAGGGGAAAAAGUGCGUCCUAUAGAGCGAAAAAUACGGUAAGUCUUAACGUGCCAAUUGAUAAACUUUAUGCUCUGGUUUCUCCUCAGAUAGUACAAAUAUAUUUAUAACUAUUUUUCCAUGAGUAAAAUCCUGGUUCGUUGCUGACGUGUUUUGCUUUGUGAGCUUUAAUUCUCUGGGUUUCUCCCUACCAUUGCACCAAGGGAGGAGCAAAGUGGAAGCAAAUACGUUGUGUACUAGCAUGAUGCUUUUUCACACUGUGGGUUAAGUGAGCCAAACUUAUUGUUAUGUGCGGACCUGACCUUUAUCAGAGUUCAUUUCUUGUUAACCCGAGAGUGUCUAUAAGUGUCCUCUUGAUUUUGAACAAUGCCCACGAUGGUUAUCCACAGUUGUCAUGAGGCUAUUUAUGAACCAGGGGAGUUGUGUUUGAGGACUGUUGAUGUGGGAUCUCUUCCACAUCAUUUAUUUAUUUCUGACUAUUCUCUGCGGAAGGUGGGGGUUGUGCUGCUUUCUGUUCAGAAUACAUAUUUGGAUCUAUCCCUUAUAAAAAUUUGAAUACUAAAUGGCAACGGGAGGAUAAUACAACUUUCAGAAUCUGAUGUAAUUUUGUACAAAUUGUACAAAUGUUAAGCUGUUAUGAGGAGUAUAUCAAGUUUAUGGUAUUUUAUUGCUUAUAAUUGGAUUUCUCCCUUUCCCCUGUCCCAGUUGCUUAUGUUGUCCCUUAUUAAUUUGAUUUGGUUGUUACAGCCUUUUGCCUAAGUAUAUUAGCCCUCUUCAGACAUUCAGCCAAAGACAUGCCAUAAAUGGAAUAGAGGCAAGUGAUGUACGCACCAUCUCAGCCCACUUCAUCUGUAGGAAGGUCAGGAUGAAGCAGGCAGGGACAUUGGGACUGAGGGCAGUGCACCUGUACACACUAAUGCUCUCACACCUUCAGCUGAAUGCCUGAAUGGGACUGUUGUCAGGCCUGUAUUCCAGGUUUGUGCUUGCAGGUUUCUAGGAAUAAUUAAUUGUGCAUGUGUAUUCUUAAUACAGCGGUAGCUCUGGAUGCGAAUGGGAUCCAUUCCGGAGCCCCAUUCACAUCCUGAGUAGAAUGCAACCCGCGCGUGCGCAGGUCGCGAUUCACUGCUUCUGUGCAUGCGCGUGACGUCAUUUUGCGUGUCUGUGCAUGUGCUAGUGGCGAAACCCGGAAGUAAUGCAUUCCGUUACUUCCGGGUCGCCGCAGAGCAUAACCUGAAAACACUCAACCUGAAGCAUAUUUAACCUGAGGUAUGACUGUAUUUUAGAGUGAAGUUGCGUAAAUCAGUAACAGAUUUUGAUAGAGUUAAUUUUGAAUUGUGGCGUGGCAGUUAUGGUCUUGAUUUUCCUUGUAUUCUUAAAGGCAAAUCGAGCGAUGCCAGUACAGUCUACAUAUAAUCUGAGAUCUUGUGAAAAGGGAUAUGGUUUUAUAAUUACUGUUCUCUUCUUUUUCAGCUUCUCUGCGAAAAUGUCAAAUGGGAGGGUCCUUCAUUUUCACCCUUCAAUUCUCCAUUUUGGAAUGCAGUGAGUAUUUUGCAUACUUUUAUUCUGUAUCCCAGGAAAUUCUUUCCCCAGAAGAGUCUUUAAUUCCCUUCCAUUUUGCAUUGCAUACAAUGUUUCCACCCUCCUUUUCUGUGUCCGGUUCCUUGGCAGCUUAGAGUACAUAGUUCUUACUCAAGCAGGAUUGCAACACACAACUAAUAAUAAUAACACCACCUCCCCUUCACCAGUGGGCCCCAGGGCUGGUUGUUGCAAUAUAAAAUUCUGAAUUAAAAACAGUUAAAACAAGUUACAGCCACAGGAGUAGGAUGGGUCUUGAAAACAACCAUCUCGGGUGUCAAAGGGCAAGGUGUCUUCAGCAUUUGCUGAAAGAUGAAGGUGGUAGACAUGUCUCUGUGGGGGGAAUUUCACAACACCCUUUUCUGGGGGGGCCUUCCUUGUACUUCUGAGGAGGGCAGAACCAGCAAGAGGGGCCCACCUUCUGAUCUUAACACCCAGAGAAGGUCUGUAGAGAAGGAGGCAGUCUCUCAGAUUUUGGGGGCUAAAGUCCUAUAGGGCUUUACACACUAAACACCUUGAAUUGAGCCUGGAAAUGAACUGACAGCAAACAUAGCAGUUUUAGAACAACCGUAAGAGUUCUAAAGGCAGCCCUAGUCAGCAAUCUGACCACUGCAUUUUGAACCACUGCAUUCAGAGUUCUCUUCAAGAGCAGUCCUAUGUAGGGCACGUUGCAGUAAUCCAAUCUGGAAGUUACCAGAACAUGGAGUACCAUAGCCAAGUUAUCUCUGUCUAAAAGGGGCUGUAGCUGGUGAACCAGUUGGAAUUAGAAAUAGGCACUCCUAGCCAUCAAGGCAUCCUGGGCCUCAAGUGACAAUGUUGGACCCAGGAGUACCUGCAAGCUAUAACCAUGUUCUGCUGGUUCUCAUGAAAAGGGAACUCUGGAUGAGGAGGAGGUGGCUUUUGACUUGGAUUUGUUCAUGUCAUGCCAAACCACAUUGUGUCUGUAUCCCAAAGUUGGUUUAAAUUCCAAUGGGCCCAAGUUGUGGGGGUUUUUCUGAACACUUUAUGUUUGCAUGUGGUGUGGAAAACAUGACUGCAUUCUUUCCAUUGCCAAUAAUACUUCCCUUUCUUCUUUCCCUUAGGUUGCUGGGACUGCCUAAAGCUAAAAUGCUAUGUGCUUACAAUCCUAGUAAGGAUAAAGAUGUUAUAGUGAAUUCAAUGUUUACAGCUACUAGGCAUUUUCAUGUGUCUCCUGUUCAUAGCAGGGUGAGUGCUGAUGUACUUUUGGAAACUAUGCUAGGGCAGAGUGCCAGAGUUUCAUGCUUUCCUUGGCCCUAAAGCGUUAGCUAACUGGUCUUUCUUUCCUACUUUCCCAGCCAUCAGCUUGGUCUUCCCAUUUAUUUCUAUUAGGGCUGAGCUGAACAUUUUCCCAUACAUUUUCGGUGCCAAAAAAAAAAAGCCUUCUAUGUCCCUCAGAAGUAUCUAAUUUUCACUGUUGCUCGUUGCUUUUUCAGCCUCUGUUGCUUGUGGCUUCACCUGCAUUUGGAUUCCAAUACACUUAAAACUCAAUACAACCUUGUCAGUUGUCUUCUCUCCUCCAGCUCAAUCAUUCUCCGCCCUCCAAAUGACUCUUACUCCCUCAGAAGACUCUGCCCUUUCCCCCUUGUUACUCUCCUCUGCUAUAAGAAGCUUCUUGUUUUUAAUGAACUAGCUUUUAUUUUAUUUUCUAACAGUGGGUUAUUUUUUUUUACACAUGUAGCUUGUUUAAACUAUGAUUUGUUGAAACGAGCCAAGGUCAAACUGUGGUUGUUUCAACAAACAAUCGUUUAAACUUAUGAGAGUUCCCAAUUUGGAUGUAAUGAUAUGCUCCUUUAAAGUUUAUGUUUCCAAUUUCCUCCUUGUGCUCUGGAGCCAGAGGAGAGGGCUGAGGGGAAGCAUGCAAACCCAAGCUCAUUCAUAUCAUAGCUGUCAACCUUCCCAUUUUUUUUGCGGGAAAUUCCCUUAUUCCAGCGCCGUUUCCCACUGCUAUCCCGGAUUGUUAGAUAUCCCAUAGACUGUCCCCAGGACAGGUGAGGCUGCUGAUCCCUUAUUUUCAAAUCUGAAAGUUGACAGCUAUGAUUCAUAUCAUGCUAAACCAUGAUUGGGUUGGGUCCAGACUGUAUCUCUGUAAGUAAAGUGACUUGCAAUCCUGGUUUAAGUUAAAUAGUGGUGGCUCUAUAAGUUUGGAUGCAUUGGCAAGCUACUAUGGUUUGCUGCUAACCAUGAUUGAAAGCUUCUCAUUGUGGCGUGUAGGAAAAGGGAAGAGGGGGCAUAUGAGCCUGAGGUUCCUGGUUGUUACUGAUUAUAAUGCUAAGUCAUGUUUUAGUGCUGCAUUCGAAGCCAGCCUCUGUCUUAGCAUGCAGUCUCUCGAUAGCUGCCCCUCCUUGUUUCUUAUUGCUCUUCAGACUACAUAUAGGAAGGUGAAGGGGAGCAUGGCAGCUAUGGACCACUGUCAAUAUAUUUAGUCUAGUGGGGCAAGGGGUGGGUGGUGACCCACUUUUUAAAAUUUACAAGUCUGUAAUAAAAUUAAUGCAAUUAAUUCUAUUGAACACCAGAUACUUUUAUUUUAUCUGUAGGUGAUUCCAGCAAUGGGAAAAAAUUGUUUCAGAGUACUGUUUCUUCCAUUAGAAGAAGGCAGUUUUGAAAGUACAUUAUUUAUAAAUACCUCAUCUCAUGGAAUAUUUUCAUAUCAGGUAAUCUUUUGUUCAUCAGCUUGAGAUUUAGAAGGUAAUUUGUUUUUCAAAUGACAUAAUAGUGGGCAAAACCAGGAAACAUUGCCAGCAGUUCUUGGUCAUGAAUAAAUAAUACUUGCAGAGAACAUUAUGAUUUCCAAGGGACUGAAGCUUUAAGGGGUCUGUUCCUCUGGUCCCAAAUGGCUUUAAAAUUUUCUACAUUUGUGUUGGAGAAGAAACAAGCGGGCGACUUUCCCCUCUGGUAGUUGAAGACAACCAUCCUGUAGGUACAUUUUCAAGUAAGCCUUUCUAACCAGGAAAAAAAAUAAGAUUUGUAUUCCAUGUUAAGCAUUACAAAUAAUUAAAUACAGUAGUUCUAAAAGUAUAUGUAGCCCUGCUUGGCCACGAUUUAUUUGCUCCUACACAAAAAAGUGUAGAGACAUCCAGAAAAUCCUUGUUAUACAGAUUAUACAAGGAAUUAUGCCUCAGUUUUGUAACUGAAGGUCUUCCUAUGCUGUACCUCAGUAGGUUGGAGAACUAAGGGAAUGCUGCCAUUGUCUAUGCGGUGACAUCUGGAUCUUAUAGCACAUAUCGCUUGCUGGAGCCAGGAUGACUGCAGUGUACUACACAAAGCCUUCCUGCUCCUUCCAAACCUUGGAUGUGGCAUGAUGAGUUAAAGACUCCUCAGUUGAAGCAGAGGCAGGGUGUCUGUGCCUUUGCUCAUUGUCCCUGUGCAGUAAGGGCUGCAUUGUAUUUGAAUGGCAGUUGUUGAGCAGCACAAGCAGGAAACUGCUAUUGCACAUGUGUCAUUUCUUGCACGUUUCCCAUAUAUAUUUUAUUGACCAUGCAAGAGGACAUAAUGUGACUAGAUGGACCUUUGGCUUGAACCAGCAGGGCUCUUGGCAUUCACUAUGAUCUCAAACUUUGCAUGCAAAAUUUGGUGUUGUACACCAGUUUCCAUUGUGCAUGUGUAUAUAAGACAGUUUGGGAUCUUCGUUCAUUAUCUACUUACUAAAUUUGUAUCCCGCCCUAUGCCCGCAGGUCUCGGGGCGGUUGCAACAUAAAAUCACAAUAUAAAAACAUAAAAUGCAUAAUAAAAAUAAAACCAACCCAAUAAAUACACACACCCAUAAAUACACACACCCUUCAGUUGCAUUCACUUCAAAGGGACUAGCAGAAGAGAAUUUUCUCAGUGAUCUGGAUUGUGUCACAGGUUUGCAUACACUCUACCUCUUGGAUCAAUAACACUUCAUUGAUAAACUGAAGAGAUCUGUAAGGAGUUCUAAAAAAACAGUUUACUGUGGAAUUUGUGAAUGAAAAUUUUAAAAUAACAGAAACAAAAGGUCAGUAACAUUUAACUGGGCUUUAAAAAGAAGAAAUAAAUAAUAUUUACUUGUGUAAAUUAAUAAUAUAAUAUAAUAUACUUUAAAAACUUGGGCCUUCAUCAUAAAAGUUUCUAAACAAUUACAUAUCUAGUACAAAAGUUUACUUCAUCUUUUCCUUAUGUAAAACUAUGUGCUAAAUGAAGUGCUUCAGAUGUUUGAAGUAUUAGAAAACUGCAGCUGAUACUCAGUUGCUCUUGUGACACCUGGUGUAGUUAUUAAUUUGAAUUGUUCAGGCAGCAAUACCCAAGACCCCCUUCUGUUUAUAGCCCCCUUGUCUGUUUAUAGCACCCAUCUCAUGAAUAAGUGCUAGAAAUACUUUCCCACAGCCUCACCCAACACUUGUGAAUAAACAUGCACUGAAAGUCAUGCAAAUAAUGCUGGAAGAGGUUCCUUCACAUCUGUCUGCUGUUCCCCUGUGAUCUUGCACCCACCUGCCCACCCACACUGCAUCUGCUAUGCCCAUUUUCCUUUUUUGCGUGUACUAAGGCAAAUGAAUGAGUUCUAGGCUUCAGAGAUUGUACAGUUGUAAAAAUAAAUAAAUUGCCAUGUUAAUUUUUGUGAAAUGGUGAUCUCUCUUGCAUUGUGUCUGAGGUGGCAAAGCCUCUGAUUCUUCUUGACUAAGUAACUGUGGCUACCCUGGAAUGUUCAUUUACUCUAGUAAAUUUCCUGCCACUGGUGCCUUUGCUCCUCUUGAUUCUCUUCAGUUGCCUUAGGAACCAAACAGUCCAGCUUCUGUGAGGGAAGGGGAAAUUGUCCAUUUGGUUUGGAUUAUUGCCGCAGAGAGAGAGAUAUAUACAUUUUUUUUGUUGCUUUCUCCAAGUCCUAUAUAGUUCAUAAGAGCUCAGGAGAGGGGAUUUUUGUGUAACACUUGUCAGAAAAGUGGACUUAUGGAACCACAAUCAUUAAUUUAAAAGUCUGUUCUGUCUUUGAUCUCCUUGCUUCAGUUUCAUAACUUGCACUGCGGAACCACUUCAGCAAGAAUUACUAGGAGAUUAUCUUCUUCCCUCUUCCUUAGAAAUCUCAUAUAGAAAGCCACUGCCCAAGUAAAAUACUAUAUAACCAUCUAAAUAGCAGAAACAAAUGUUAGUACACUUGUCAUUCAGUUUCCCCUCAGCAGCCUAUUUGGAGACUUCUGUCACAUUAUUCAUUGUGAAAGUCCUAUUCACAUUUUAAUGCAUCUUUUGCUAUUUGAUGCAUAAAAUGCCUAGAUUUGUUCUUACUCUUUUUAUGUUUAUCAGACCUGGCCCAGGUAGAUGAAAAGUGGUACUUUUAGGAAUGGCAUAUAAAAUUGUCUAAAAUGGUUCAAUAUGGUAGCUGUGGUCUGGACAUUUUUUUUUAGUUCAUGCUCAAACAGAAAUCGCCUUCACUCUGAAUUGACAUUGUGAUGUCACCACAUGCCAUAUCUUACUGACCACAUGGUAUUAAUAUAAUCACAUUGACUGUCAUCCCCAAUUGCCUGGAAUCACCUAGUGAAGCAGAACCUUUCCCCCAAUUUUUAAAAUAUUGCUGAAGAAGCAAUAAACAGGGGGAAAAUGUUGUAAACCAUUGUGCGGGGAGGCCUUGCACUCUGAAAAUGUUUUUAUAUAAGAACAUUUGGUGCAGCUGUGUUACUGAAUAAUUUCAAUAUAUUCUGCUAUUUUAGCACGUAACAUGCUAAAGCAUGUUAUUUUUGUUUGAAAAUAGUGAAUGUAAUGUACUGUUUUACACCAGGUCUUUGGAACAGGAACUUCAAGGACCAUUUCAGAAGACUCUAGAAAGCAACUAGCAAAUACUUAUUUACUGCUUCCACAUAUCAACAGUAUCCAGAUCUCACAGACACUGGUAUAGUAACUUUUUAAAAAAAUAAAUAAAUUAUAUUUUAGGGACCAUGUAAGGUUGCUUUGUUUUUCAAAAUGAACUGUACCUCAGCUUUCUGUUUAAUGUUAAUGGAAAUGAUACCAUGGGGUUUUAAGGGCUAUUGUUGUUUAUUCUUGGCAGAAUAUUGUAGUGGGGAGGGAGAUAGUAGUAUUGUUGACAGUAUCUCGCUCUGCAACAGUACAAAUGUAGGAAUAAUCAUUCCUGUGAGUUGCACAAUUGACAACUGACCACUGAAACCCCAGGUACUAUGCACACAUGUCCUUGUUUCAUUUCCUGCGUUGCCCUUUGCUGCUCUCCAGUACAGUUGUACCUCUAGUUGCGGACACGAUCCGUUCGCACCUCGAAAAGUCUGCCACUAGAGCUGCGCUUCUGCGCAAGCGUGGAGCAUUAUAGAGCGCUUCUGCGCAUGUGCGAAGCAUGCAGAACGCUUCUGCACAUGCACGCGGGGCGAAACCCGGACGUAUACACUUCUGGGUUUGCUGCGUUUGCAACCCGAAAAUCUGCAACAUGAAGCAAACACAACAAGAGGUAUGACUGUACACUAGAAGUAGCUGCUCUUUGGAAUAACAAUAUUUCUUACUUCUCAUUGCUGAUUAUAUAUAGAUUUGUACGCAAAUAAAAACCGCGCGCCAGGCAAUAUGUAUGGAAGUUACCUUCAUUCUUUGUGCCCUAUAACACACUCUAACCCCCAAAAUCUGUCCCACCAGCCCCAAAAGGUCGGUAAACCCUGAUGUGGACCAAACAGACAGGCUGUGUAGAGCAGAAGAGGCCAGGAUUUGAAUAAGCUCCUUUGUGUAUUCCAAAUCUAUGGCCACACACACAAUGUCUUGUGAUAAACCCUUGAGAAUAGAGUAUUUAAUUUCAGCAUCUUGGUUUUCUCUCCGGAUCAAUCUCUACCUGCUCCCCACCCCACCAGCCCAAGAAAAAAGAAACAGACAGAGAGAAAGCAACACAUUCUCUCCACUUCCUCUUCAAGGCUCAGAUCAGCAGCUCGCGUAGCAGUCUGAGCUUUAAAAAGCACCUAGAGGUGAAAGAGGAAGUGGGGAAAGGGCAUCAGAUAAACCUGUUUCCUCCCCUAGUUCUGUGUACUUCUCAAGGGGAAUAGGUAACCGCCCUCAACUACCUCAUGACUAGUGGGGGGUGGACUCGAGGUCUUGCAGGCACCAGGACAAAUCCUGCGCAGUGCCAUUGUGUCCAGAGUUGUCACACUGGAAACUGCAGGUUCCAGUACUAUUUCCAGCAUUUCUGGGCAGGACCUGGCAUUCAAAAUUAGUGUGUUUUUUUAAGAGUGUUGCUCAGGGUCUCUUUCCUAACUUUGCCACAGCAAAUAAAUUUUAAAAUUUAAAGAAUUGUCCAGUAGCACCUUAGAGACCAGCUAAGUUUGUUCUGGGCAUAAGCUUUCAUGUACAUGCAUACUUCUUCAGAUACCAUGCACACAAAAGCUUAUACCCAGAACAAACUUAGCUGGUCUCGUAAGGUGCUACUGGAUAUUUUUAAAUUUUAUUUAUUUAUUUUGACUGUGUCAGACCAACACAGCUACCUACCUGAAUCCUUUGCCACAGUAAGUUUCUUUCGUAUUGCGACCCAGCUCCUCAUUUGUACAUUAAAAAAAAAUAAAAAUCUGGUGCUAAAAUAUUGUUGUUAGAAUCUUCGAAGUCAAAUAAUCUUGAAAUCUACAGCUAAAGAUUAGGCUAGUUUUUCUCUAAUGGUUGCUAGGCCAGUGCCAGCUGGGAUGUCAUCUUGCUGAGUUUAUACUUGAAAACUUGACUGGAAGCAUUACAUGCAUUUUAUAAAGGGAGAAGCGACGUGAGCGCAAAAACAAACAUGCCUACCGUUAGUGAAAUGUGUAACAAUGCUUGUGGGUCUUCCUUGUUGGGAAACAUCUGUGUAAUUGUUCUGCUGCUUGCGUCUGCUUUGCACAAAGUUUUGUUUGCAAGUAUUAAAAACACACACAGAGGAAAGGAUGGAUUUGUAUUUAUUUAUCCCUUAAAGUUACUUUAAAUGCUUUAUGAAAUUAUUGCAAACUCGAUCACUGGCUCUGCAUGCUGUGGCAGAAGCAAGGGGAACAGGUUUGCUAUAUUAAAUGUGGCAACAGAAGUGUACUGGCUUUAGCGUUAAUAACACUAAGGCAGUUUAUUCUGUAACAUAACAGCUACAUAGAAGAUACUCUGUUCUUUGAGAGUUGGCACCGAAGAUGUUCUGCAAUUCUUAUUGCAUGGAUAAGUGGCUGUUCAUUGUGAAGGUUUAUGUGAAGGUUUCUGAUGGUUCUCAUGUGUAACUGACAAAACCAAUUAUUGUUACCAUCUUUUGACCUUGAAUUGCUGCAAAAUAUGGUGGUUUUAGGAAAAGAAAUUGAGAUUCACGUUUGAAAAAAAGAACCAGCAAAUAAUUAAACAGUUAAAUAAUGGUAUGAUUAGAUGUGCUAUAGCUCCCCCUCAUGGGUAUUUGAAAGGAUUCUUAACCAGAAAAUAAAUUGAUAUAAUCGAAAGCUGACUUUGGCAAUGGUACUGUUUAUUAGUGAAUUUAAUUUCAAAAUACCUGAUUUAUAUAGGGUAUACAAGCUCUAAGUAUUCUUGAGGACCAAAUUUAGGACCAUAAGUUGCCAUAUUUGUUUGAAAAUAGACCCAUUUUUUGGCAUAUGGUUGAAUUUGCUAAAAUAUUUUAGGUAUGUAGCAAUGUAAUCGACCACGUAAAACACAGAAGGCAACUAUAAAAAGUUGUCAGAAUUAUAUAAUUGUCAAGGUUGCUGAUAAUAUCACAUUUAUUAUAACACUUUUAUCUAAGGAGCGCAAGAUGGCAUACAUUGCUUUCCCCCUCCCAUCCUCACAAUAACCCUAGCAGACGGACAGACACUGGUUCAAAAUUACCAGUGAGCGUCACGGGCAAGUGAGGAUCUGAAACCUGGUCCUAGUCUAACAUUCUAAGCACUCCAUCACAUGUCUACACACCAUACUGGUUUGACCUUCUUUGACUCUGGUUUUUUGUUUGUUUUUCCAGGCAGAAACUAGGAAUGUCAGUCACUUAAAAGUUCGUCUUGAAUGCCAAUUACUUAACAAAUUGUAUCAGCAUUUUAAGGUACGGUGUAUACUUUUCUUCCUAAAUCAGAGACUACACCAGCCACACACAGCUAAGCUAGUUGAGCUGGACUCAGCUGUGGUCUGGAAGUAGCCUUUACUUAAUGUUUUGGGGGCAUCAACGUAUAUGAACAAGGGUGAAUCCUUAAGGCUAAUUCAGGAUAUUUUAGCUUCUGUGACAACUUUAGGUCUAUUCCAUGGAACAGCUAACCUGAAGUAUAGAUGCUUUGGUUGAGAUUCCUGCAGAGCAAGGAGUUGGACUAGAUGACCCUCGGGGGUCUCUUUCAAGUCUACUGUUCUGUGAUUCUAUGUGACAUUGCACUGGGAAGUAGGUGCUUAAGUGAUAUUGUAUGCUGAGAUUACUCUGUAGUUGGACCAUUACCUCCUCAAAGCACUGAUCCCUUUCAUCCUGUGUAUGCUGGCAUAAUGAGCAAGUUACGUUGGUACAUUCUAUGUAGUGCAUUGAAUUCUUUGGGAAUUUCCCCCAUUGAUCUUGCCAACUGUGAUCUGACUGGCAUCAUUCACUUUUUGAAUUGCAGCCUGUCUUUGGCCGUUAAGAAUGUCUUAUGCCAAAUCUGAUGCUGACCGUGCAAAAAGCCAUAACAUCAUUCUGAGGACUAUGUCUUAGCUGUGCUAUUUUUAUGGCUGCAUGCCAUCAAGUAGAUCCAAUCUAGAUGGUGAAUGGCUCAACAAAUCCUUGCAGUUCCAACCUGAAUAUUGUUGUCUUUAUAAGGAAGACAACAAUAUUCAGGUUGGAACUGCAUGGAUUCAUUGAGCCAUUCACCAUCUAGAUUGGAUAUUUCUUAUUCCCAAAUAUUUUCUCUACGGGAAAUUACCAACUACCAUAUUGACCUAGGCUCUAUCUGCUCACAGUAACUUUAAUUCAGUGUAUCUGUUUUGUUCCAGCAUGACUGCUUCCUUUUUAGAUUCUGCCUCUUUACCUCUAUCACACACAACUUAGAAAAUCACUCUGCCUAUUUUAGAACAUAAAUUCUGUGAUUUCCUGUUUGCUUACAUCGGAUAUAUACAUACAAUCUAUCAUAUAUUUAAAGAGGUCCAGUAUAAGACAGACUGUCAUCAGUGUGGCCUGAAGAUUAGCUCAAAGUUUCUUGUCACCACUUCCCACAUUUUACCAUUCAUAGGAGCCAACUCCUAGGGGCCAAGUGGUUUUCGCCCCCCGUAAAAUAAUGGAGGGGGCUACCCCCCUCAAGUUGAUGGGCACUACCAUUCAAAUGGUGUGCAUGCACCACAUCAUGUGAUUGAUUGUGUAGGGUGGGAUUUACCUGCCCCCCAAUAUUUUAUUCAAGUUGGCACCCCUGUUACCAUUCCAUGUCAAGAAGUGCCUAACAGUUAAAGUACAAACUCUUAACUAGAAUAUAUUUUUGUGGAUUAAGAAGUGGAGGUCUGCCUUGUCCACUGUCCAUAUAUGACUGUAGAUUUACGGUAAUUCUCUUUUGAAGGUGCUAAACUAACUUUUAGAAGAAAGAUAUAAUGGUCACGUUAGAAAACUGUGUGUACAUGUCUAUUUACACUUAUGUACCAACCCAUCACUUGUGUCUCUUAGCUCGCAUAGCCAGGGACCUGAUGCAGAAUGUGCAGAGGAACAGCACUUAUCUAAAGUGGCAGAGUAGUAUAACAUGAGGUACCGCUGCUGUGCAUUGGAAGGUAGAACGUCAUUUCCGUGCACUGCUACUGGUGCUCGCAGCGAGAAGCGGCUCCUGAGUCUCAUCGUCUGGCGCAUCAUGAGCCCGGAAGCUGAUUAGCGCUACAGAUUAGCGGCCUGCAGGCCUAGUGGAUCAGCGAGAUGAGCGCUGCAACCCCAGAGUCUGAUCAGCGACUUAGCAGACCUAAUGGAUCAGCGGGUCCGGCUUUACGUUUAGCGUUUUACGCCAGCCCAUCAGUUUUGUAUCAGCUGUUAACUGUAGUCAUCAGCUGAUGAGCGGUUUAGCGGCAGGUGACAAGGAAAUGUGCCAGAGGAACUCGCAAGUAUUUCAUCCUAAAGAGCGCAUAGAAAUUGUUUAGUACUCAAUGCUGUAAACCCAUUCGUCUAGUGCAUUUCCGCUAGCAGAACAUUAUUUCCUAAAUUAGUAUAACUUUCUCUUCAGAUUCCCAGCAAAACAUCUCCCCUUUUGGCAUGCUAGACACCAGGAUUUUUUUUAAAGGAACCAUAGCAGGUUAAGUCUUGCAGUUCUGAGUGAAUCAUUCUGAUUGUUCUCAUGUGAAUAAUUUUUUUGAUUUCCCUUUCUGUUUUGCAUUAGAGUUGCUGCUUUGCAUCUGAUGGCCUAAUGCUGCUAGAGAUAAGCUUAAUGGUCAAAAUGGAAAAUAUGCAACAUGAAUUUGUGGACCUUAGACAGUACUUACUGGAAAACCUUUUUGUAGUUUAUGUAGCAAUGGACAAAACACAGACCUCUGGUAAGUCCAAGAUGUGUCUGCAUGUAUGUUUCAUUGAUAUAGUAUGUUCUUGCAGCAAUGGACAAAAAUAUGGUUUGACCUUUUGACUGUUAUUCUUUUUUUGAACAGAUGAUUCCCCAGUAGUCUUGUAUGUGUUGCAUUCAGGGAGCAACCUUCUUUAUGUGCAGGUAACUUUUUAAAAAAUAUAUAAUUUAGUACAGGGGUUCUUAACUUGUGGUCCAGGGAACCCUAGGGAGUCCAUGGAUGGCUUCAGGGGUUCCUUGAACCGGGUGCAAUUUAUCCCACCCAAUGUUGUAAAUGAAACUGCAUGUAAAAUUGUGUAUGUAUAUGUUUGUGUGCAUUUUUCUGGGAAAUGAGUCUAUAGUUUUUAUCACAUUCACAAAAGGGAUCCACGUCUGAUUGUUAAGACUAUCAUAAUUAGCUUAAGAACUAUCCUUGGGUGAAUGUAGAUGAUUUGAGAUUUGAUCUGACAAAUUGCAGUUUAAAUUGUCGUGAAGAUGAACUUCACAGCAGCCUAGACAGUUAUAGCAUUAUACUAAUGUCAUGUGAUUUCUUUGCAGGAUGUAAAACACUUGUCACAGGAAGGAAAAUUUUCUGUGCAGUUUGAGCCAAUAUUGCUGCCAUCACUGACCACAAAUUUCACAAGAGUUGCUUCUGUUGUUUGUAAAGGUACAGUGUAUUCAAUACAACAUAGUCUGAUGUAUACCUUCCCCAUUAUACAAUAUGACAAAGUUUAUUAAAGAGGAUAUGGCAUGUAACAGAUACACUUCCUGAAGAUUAUGUAUUAAGUGUCCAUUUUCAUGACCACUUCUAGCACAUCUGUCCCCCCACCCCACCCCCCGCAGCCCCAAAAAGAGAGAUGUAAAGUUCAGUUUUGAAGCCAUGGAAUAAACAUUUUUCUGUGCAGUGGUGUGUGGGGAGAUGAAAUAAUUGCAUUCUUGUCAGAAAUACUUGCAUUCUUGUCAACUUAAGUUUGCACGCUUACCUGCUGGUAACUUGCACAAAAGUUGAUGGCACUUAGUGCUGUGCUGUAAAUCUAUUAUGUGCAACGUACUUACAACACAAUGUUACGUACUAUGUUUAUGAAAUUUACAAAUGCCUUGGUUUUAUUCAUAAACAAGGACAAAUGCUUUAGGAGCGUGCACAGAUCUCAAGAUUUGGCUUGUAUUUGAGGAUUAAAAAAUAAUUCCAUUUUAUUUCUGAGUCACUCUGUGCAACUUUGCAUUUCAAUCUGUAAUUCUUCUCCUCCAGCACUUGGCGUAGAACUGCAGUCUGCUGACACUCCACAUUACCUAACAAUGCACUGGUGUUCAUCAGUUGGGGAAAGAAGCUCUUAAAAUUGUAGUAAACAAAUGGAAGUCUGCUAUGAGCUCACAUUAUUGUGAUGCAGAAGCAGAAGAAGGAAUUCAGUAGUAUAGCCUGAUUGCACAUAAUAGGGCUGAUGUGAGUAAGCCCCAUUGAAGUCAGUGGAAGAUGCUUCUGCAAAACCUCAGGCAAGAAAUCUCUCAUAACCAGAGAGAUUUAGUCAUUCUGAACCCACAUUUGUUUGAUUUGUAUCACAUUCCAUCCCAAUCAGUAAUAUAUCCUGAGAUAUUGGCAUAACUGUGCAGGAAAAAUGGAACCCUUUGAACACCCAAUAAAACGUCAAAAUGUAGAUAAGGCUGAAUCAAGAGCACUGCAUUUAGCCUCCUUAGAAUAACAACAUUCUUAGACUAUAUAUUAAAAAGUGUGUGCUACAAUAAGAUGUCUGUUUUCCUUGGCACAGGUACGUUGUGUGGCCCUGGAAGCAAUCACAUUGCUAAUGAGAGGACGAAUCUGUUAGACAGUACAGCUUUGCCAAAAGCAUGCCAUUCCCAUCCUGUAAUGGAAGGGUGAGUUUUUUUGUUUAAUGCUGCCAUUUUAAAUUAUUAAACAUAUACCAAAGCCAAGAAGUUGAGAACACUUUUUGAAGUUCAUGCUCUAUAUAGUAAUUUGUGUGAAAACAGAUGGGUGUUCUAGCUCUGGCCUAGUUCAUGUGGCAGAGUGCAAAUGACUCGCAGGGCUUCUUUAAAUGUCAUGGAGCUCUACAAAUCCCACUUCCGCGUUAUAUAUCCGGGGCAUAUAGAUAUUUUCAUGUACUGCUGUCUGUCUCGAGAGACAAUGGAAGAGUACACCUUUGGGGGUAAAGUCAAACUGUUGGAGAGGUGGUUGUAGAGACAAAUAAGGGGAAGCCCUGUUUUAUAGCAGCUGGGGCAGGUGAAGGUGUCUGGUUUCACUGUUAGUAAUACACCAUGGCAUUUCUUCUCUCUGCACUUCUCCCAGCGGUCACUGCUGUGGAUACAUGACCUCUCUUUCUGUCUCCAGACACUGCAGUUGUCUGCAAGUGAUUUCCCCAUGGCAGAGUUAAUGCUGCAAGCCUUCGUGUCACAUUUGCAGACAUCUUUGUAACACAGAGUGUCACGCAGCAGUACAUUAAUCUCGCAGAGUCUUCUUUAUAAAUUGAAUAAAUCUUUUACUUGAGAAAAUGAAGUUGUUCAUAAACAGUAUAGUCAAAGAGCAUACACAGAGUGCAGCUAUCUAACUCUUCACAGAGGCAUUGUCGUAGUUACUGAUUAACUGGAGUCCUGGAGCCACUCUGUCUGCCUUAAACAAUACAGAUACACACACUGGCUGAGACACACAGGUGCUGACUGACUGAAGCCCAUAGAGAGGCUGGCUACUUUUAUAGGGCACUCAAGAUGAGGCAUGAGUCACAGUGACUUUACAAUUUGCUGUUAACAGUUACAGCUAGCAGGCUUGAAUGAUGCUAUAGGUCUUGUAGGCCUUGCCUUACUUCUCCUGCUCUCAAGAACCUUUGUCUCAUGACACAGAGAGUUGGUUGGCCAGCAGGCCUGGUGCCUGAAGCCAGCCCAUCUUUGGGGAUCCUGCCAUCUUCCAUUCUGUGUACAUGACCAAGCCAGCAUAUGUAUGAGGUACACUUCCAAUGUAGUGGAUCUAGGGAAAGAAACACAAGAACCUCAGGUGUGUACCACAUGCUAUGUUCUCAAAUGUUCUACUUAUGAAGUGUACAUAGUCACACUUCGUAAGUACAACAUCACAUGAUGCAGGACAUGUGGAAGACAUAGUUCAAAUCAAAUAGCAUGGAUAGAAGUUUCUUUCUUGCCUUCAAAUAGGCUUUCAGUGAAGUCAGUUCACAUAUUCACCUGUGAUGCAAAUGAUGUAUGCAGAUGUGAAGCAGCCCUGUCUAAUUUGUGAUCUUACCCUUAUAUUUAUUUUGAUUUCGUCCAUUUGAAUAAUUCCUAAUGCAACUUCCAGGGCAUGCUAUUCUCACCAGGUGGUUUAUAAGUCUGAAAAAUGUAUGUAUAUGCACACACAACAAUACAGAAAUAUUAUAAUCAAAUAAGACAAUAUUAUUUGAUAAACAGCAAUAAUAAAAAGGUACGCUUUAAAGAUCCUGGUUAGACCACAAGGCAGGGUGUGAUUUUUUUGCAAGUAAAUAACAGCAGUGAACUGUUUUCUGUCUACAGGUAUGUUGGAAUCGAUCCAUUUGCAACGGUAUUUUAUAUAGAACCACAUCGCAGUAUUUCUGCAUCUUGGUUAAUAUGGUUUACCAACAAUUUUGAUUUUAGCAUUGUGCUAAAUGACGUAUAUGUUUCAAGAGAAACAAAGGAUAUUUUAAAGGUGAGUUUUUCUUGUAAGCCUCACUUGGUACUUUUCCUUAAACAAUUAGCAAUGUAUAUCAGCAUCCCAUUCAUUAAAAUCUCCAUUUAUAUACUGGGCAUGUGUACUCAGCCCUAGAAAAAAAAAGAAUCACAUCAGAAGAACCAAGAAAAGUUAAAAUUGUGUUGCUGGUUGAUAAAUUGUGAACAGUUAUAUUAAACUGCUUAUUUUGUAUUUAUUUUAGUCUGCUAGUUGUGGAAUUUGGGAAGAGCAUAUUCAGGACAUAAAAGUCCCAAGCUGACCAGAUGAAGCUAAUAGCUUAUCUUCCCAUUUCUGUAUUCUGAAAUGUUGCCAGGCAUUGCCUGCACAUUUUUCGAAUCUUUCCUCAAGGCAGGCUUGAUGCUGUCAUGGUGCUGAUUUUUUCACCCAUUACCAAAUUCCAUACAUGCACAGCAUGACUGUUAAGGAAUGCAAGCAGCCCUGCUUAUACAUGAAUAAUUAGAUAAAUUUGUUUAGCUAGGGCCCAAUCUGCCACUCCCCUGUGUAUUAUUAGAAGCAGAAGAUAACAAACGGAGCAAGAUUUUUCAUGUAGAUGUACUUUAUAUGCACUUGGUUUGAUCUGAUGUUUUUUGCCAUUAGGUUCUGAACUUCACAGAUCCUUUGACUCUACCUCCAGGAUGUUGGAAUGUGUUUUCCUUGAAACUCCACAUCAAAGAAUCAGUAACAAGUUUAUUUUCCAAUAUUUUUGUGGCCACAAAUAUUGGAGUGAUAUUCGAGAUACCGCUGCAAAUUUAUUCUGCUUUGUCCCAGGUAGUGUAUUGAAUUGCAUAUGUUUACAGUAGUAUAUUCUGACUUGCAUACUUUGCAGUUCAUAGAGUAAUAAUUAAUUUUUGAAGUGAUACUAUCUUUUCAGAGUAUUAGAUUUUUGGGAGGUUUAUCCAAAUUUCAAGUUAGGAAAAUGUCGUUAGGAAAAUGGUUGAAUGAAGUCUUAAUUUACACAAAGUCACUGGAGCGUCAAAUAUUCCUUCUGAAUUCAUUUUGUAUUGUAUUGAAUAGGGUGCAGAACUCAAACCAGGAUACUAUGGAACACUUUGCAUAUUAUUUUAAGUGGUGGAAAUUGAAAGUGCACAUGAUUCUGAAAGCUAGUGGAGAUUGUUUAAGGUGCAAGCACUUUUCACAACUUCCAUCUAAUGUGCAAAGUGGCUUGAUUCCCCACCCCCCCUUUAAUUGUUUGUAUUUUUAAAAACGUUGGGUGUGGGGAAAUAUUGAAAACCAUAGGAUUGUUCUUUGCAUGCUGACUUAAAUACAAUCAUAGAAUUGAAGAGUUAGAAGGGACCCAAGGGUCAUCUAGUCUGACCCCCUGCAAUAUUUGUUAAUUUAUUUAGUGCUUUAAUCAAUGUUUUUCAGAAGGGAGAUCUUCAUUUUGAAGCCAUAGCACAGCGUGAUGUGUACUGUUCCUUGCGCAUGUCAGACACAGGUAAAAGCAGAAAAGAAGGGUGUUCCCAUCUAUGAUACUAAUGGAUACUAAUGUUUUUUUAAGCAAACAUUAUUUCUUUCUGAACGCCUAACUACUUCUUGGUAGAUUUUAGCAGCCUUCUGGUCAUGCUAUGUUGAACAUCUUAUAGUGAAGUCAGUCUGCUUUAGAUAAUCUGCUUUUGUUCUGGGGAAAGAGGCAAUGCAGAUUUAUGAGCAUGGCUCACAGGGGUGCUGGUUUUGCAAGAGCCUAAAAGGGAAGGUGGGGCAGAAAAUUGUGCAAGAGGGAGAGAAUAAUAUUGGGGUAUAUUUUUUAAAAAAUAUAGAAGUUUGUUGUAUUGUGCAUAAAUAUGGGGGGCGGUGUUUAAGAGCUGUUAUGCUUUGGUCAUACUAUUUCUAAAUGUGCUCUCUUUAUGACUUCUUGAAAUCAAAUUUUGGAACAAAAGAAGCAAUAAACAAAUAUUAUGUAUCAAUGAAAUGGAAUGUUAUUAUUUUAGCAAAUCUGCUUUGGGAAAGGAGCCUAUCUCUGGACAGUUCUACAUGGAGUGUGGAUUCUGACCUUGCAUAUCAGCUCCAUGAAAAAUGGCAAAAAAUUAAGCACAAUGAAAUUUGCAGGUGUGUAUACAGAAUGUUCUUAAUUUCAGCAUUAGAGUGGUAAAAUCUUGGUAUGCUUACGUUCAAUGUGUUAAAAUCCAUGAUAUAGGGGCUAAUACUAAAUAGUCACAUCAUGCAUUACAGAGGGUGCAGACAUAGCACUCCUGAUUCCUUAAGCAUGGUUAAGGGAACAGGCCUUGGACCAUAAUGUUACCUGCAUCUUCUGCUUCCUUCCAGUACCCCCUGUCCUCCUAAAUCCCCAUACUACCUCCUGCUAGCUUUAACCACAGUUCAGGCUGCAAGAUUGAGAGACUCCUUAUAGUGCCUAGCAAUGUGUCCCCUCCUAUGUGGGCCUUUUCUCUUUCCAGACUACCCCCUUUCAGCUCUGAAAAAUACUUUGCCUCCACCACUGAAGUCAGGGGUCACAACCUUUCAAUUACUUCCUUUCGCUGCUUCUCGUUUUCUGAAAUUUUCAUCUUCACUACUGUCACUGGUGACAGCAGAAGAAAAUGGCUCUCAUUCAGUUGUUUCCAGUCACAGUACUCAAUUCCCUACAAUGUCCUAAGUGGGAAAAGGAAAUGAUUUGGCUGGAAGGUGCCACAUCAAAGAGGUCUGUUACUGCUGCCUCCUAUAACAACCAGUACUGGAAGCCAGUGUAGUGUAGUGGUUAAGAGUGGUGGACUCGUAAUCUGGUGAACCGGGUUCGAUUCCCUGCUCCUCCACAUGCAGCUGCUGGGUGACCUUGGGCUACUCACACUUCUCUGAAGUCUCUCAGCCUCACUCACCUCACAGAGUGUUCGUUGUGGGGGAGGAAGGGAGGAAGGGAAAGGAGAUUGUUAGCUGCUUUGAGACUUCUUAAGGGGAGUGAAAGGCAGGAUAUCGAGUCCAAACUUCUCCUCCUCCUCCUCCUUCUUCAAAGUCUAAAAGAGGGACACAAGACUGGUGUCAGUGGCCAGCCCACCUGAGCUGCUGAAGCUUUGGCAUUUACCAUCAGCAUUGGUUUUGACCAGAUGUUUAUAAACCAGGUAGUUCCUGAGCAAUAAUGGACCCUGGUUAGCAUUCACCAUGGUUAAAACUGGGGGAAGCAUAUGCUUGAACCAUAGUUAAAACCAACAAGGGUUUUGCAUUGAAGAAGGGAACAAAUGUGUGUGAUUCUAAUUCUUUCACUGAAGUGAAGGAAUCAGAUGCACUGUGCUUGCAUCAGCCCUUAGAAGUGUGCAGAAUUCAUUGUCAAAUUUUCAAUAAGUGGCCGUAAAACAUUUACAGUUCUGUCACUCUUUUUUUUAAAAAAAGGUUUGGUACUGUGUUGUAGAAUCUCUAGUAGGAGAUUUAAAAGUAAAAGGAUGAAACCGAAGAUGCUAAAAUAUUGCAAACACAAGGCCAUAAUUAGAGGGCUCUUGGAGAUUUCUGUCUCUGAAAGAGAUGAUCUGUCAUAACAUGGCAAGCCAAAACUUUCUUGCUCUUUUUGAUACUUUUUAUUACAUUUUCCAAACGUAAAACAAUACAAACUACACAGCCUCACACCAAGAAAUAAGCAUAACAACCAUUUCACAGCACUGUAAAACAGUUAUAAGCAACUGAAUGAAGAGAUUAAACUAAAUAAAGGAUAUCUGUCCAAAACAAAAAUUGGGAGGGAGGAGGAUGGAUCGAUUUAUCACUAAUGUUGACAUAGCUAGUAAAUUGAAAUGGGAUGUCUUGAAACCUCUCUUAUAUAUGUUCUUAUUAACUCAACAGGAGAAAUAUUGGGGAACUUGUUCAAGCGUCUCAUCAGAAGGAUCAUAAAGAAGAAUCCUUUGCAUUACCUUUACCCCACUUGGUUACAGAGCUUGGUCUCACAUUGAACUUCAGUGCAGCUGCACCAAUGAAUAGCAUGGUGAGGCCAUUUUUAGAUUUAUUAAAGCUUUUGGACAUAAUUCCUCACUUGUCUUACUUCCAUUUUUGGUUUUGAAAACAGAAAAUUGUAUUUAUACUCAUUGUCUUAUACAGUUGUACCUUGGUUGACGAAUGCCUUGCAACUCAAACGUUUUGGCUCCCGAACGCCGCAAACCCGGAAGUGAGUGUUCUGGUUUGCGAAUGUUCUUUGGAACCUGAACAUCCGACACAGCUUACGCAGCUUCAAAUUGGCUAUAGGAGCUUCCUGCAGCCAAUCGGAAGCCGUGCCUUGGCAGGGGCGAAGGAAGGCGGCGUGACACCCAGGGCAGGCAUCGUUACAUACGGCAUCACUACGUACAACGCAUGCGCCGUACAUAGCGAUGCUGCACAUUCGCUGUAUAGCGGUUUGCCGCCGGCGCCACUCCAGCGCCGUACGGACUGUGCCGGGAUCCUCUGCUUGUGGCUGUAGCAGCGACGGAGGUAUCCCAGCACCAUCCGUACAGCGCUGGAGCGUAGCUACACACAGCGCAUGCCUGCGAUGCCACACAUGCGCUGUACUUAGCGGUUUGCCAUUGGUGCUGGGAUCCUCUGCUCGUGGCUACAGCCAUGAACAGAGGAUCUUCCACAUGCGGCUGUGUUGGCGUGAUGGCUGCUCGUGCCCCCGUGAGCUCCUGCAGGGUGACUUAUUGUUACCCCCACAGACAUGGAACAUGGGGUGCACUGCCCCCCUGUUGCGACGCCACUGUGCCUUGGUUUCUGAACAUUUUGGAAGUUGAACAGAUUUCUGGAACGGAUUCCGUUCAACUUCCGAGGUACGACUGUACUUAAUGUCAUUAUCAGGCCUGUUGAGGUCUUAUGAAUUAACUGAAAAAGCAGGCUAAAACCAGCAGUCACCAGGUUCUUUUAAACCUUAUGGGUCUAUUAAAACCUGAUAGCUGUGGAUAUAUGCUGUGGAUAUAUGAAAUUUCACACAGACUGUGUUCAGAUGUUCAGAUAAAGUGUGAUGUCUUGUGAUGGGAACAAGCCUGUCCAAGCCUCAUGCUUUCCCCUCUCAGGCACAGUGGUAGCAACGGCAGAAGAGGGGGGAAGUAGCUGUGAUCUUCUCUCUGGGAACCUGUGUGUUUGCUCAUUCUUGUUUAGCCAUGCUUUGGCUUAGCAUCACAUUCAAACUACGCCAUAGCCUAUAUUGUCAUUUUACUCAUUGUAUAAUGCUUUCAAUACUUUUUAAAGAAUUUUUUUAAACCUUAAAUCUACCUCAUUCUUUUUCGAGACCCUCUCUUAUUUUGAAAACAAAAAUAAAAGGACAGUCAUAAUGGUUUUUAGCUCUGAUUUCGCAAUUUUUAUCAACAUGAGUAAGAUGUGUCAAUAUUUCUGUACGUUUGUAAAUAUUUCAGAAAACACUCCAGAUUUUUAAAAAAAUGUUUUGUACCAAAAAUAGCAGAAUUUGGGAGUAGGGAAGAGGCUUGAAUUCUAAAACAUGAAGUAUUAAUAUUGUUGUUUUUCCCCAAUUACUUAGGUAAAAUAUUUUACGCUAAGAAACCCUUCAUCUUUCCCAGUUAUGUUGCAACUCCUGCCUCUUUCUUUUUAUCCUGAUCCUCGUGCUCCAUUGACUCUACUCAGCAAAUGGUAAUGAGAAAUAGUUUCUUGUGGUAAUUUAAGAAAUAGUAUAAUCUGAAAAUAGUUUCUUUCCUUCCAUGUAUUUGGGUGGGUGGGGAAUGAGCUUGCAUCUACCAGUCAUGUUCUGUGCAUGCAAAGGGUCUUCAUGGUACUGGCACAAAGUUUCUAAUGCCAUGGAAGAUCCCACUUGUGUUUAGGCUUAUUUCACAAUAAAGUGGUACCUUGGUUCUCGAACAAAACCCGCUCCAGAAGCCUGUUUGGCUUCCGAAAUGCUCGAAAACGGAGCCGCGGCUUCCCUUUGGUUGCGAGAGCUUCUUGCACUCAGCAGAAGCUGUGUCGCAUGUUCAGGUUCUGAAAAACAUUUGAAAAUGGAAACAUUUACUUCUGGUUUUCAGCAUCCGAGAACCGAAAUGUAUGGCAACGGAGGAGUUUGGGAACCAAGGUUCCACUGUACCAGCCACUAACAUGUGGCGAUCGAGGGUUAGAACCAUAGACUUGCAGCGUUGGAAGGGACCGUCUCAUCAAGCCCCCUGCAAUGCAAGAAUCUUUUGCCCAACAUGGGGCUGAUCCUGAGAUUAAGACACUCAAGCCAACUGAGAUAUCCCAAAUUAAUAGAAGGGCCAUGAGGAGUUGUCUUACUUUGUCCUCCAUUCAUAACGGAGAACUAUCUGAAAAUGGGUUUUUAUGGUUCUUUACUUUCUAUAAUUUUUUUUAAGGUUUAUACAUGUAUAUUCUUUUCUUGGUUUAUAUAGGUUUGGUGCAAAUGUACAGUCUAUUAACUUCACAACCACUGAAUUUAGAUUGACAGAAGAUUAUGCUCACAGGGUAAGCAGUGUCUCAUAUAUUUUUCACUCUCAGAAAUGGAACUUAAGGUGCUCUUUGCAUUAAACUGGAAAGAAAGAGCCACCACACAGCUGAGAGUCUGUGGUUUAUGCAGAAACAUGUUUGAGCAUGAAAGGAGUUGGCCGUUUUUUUAAUAACCUGUAACCUGCAUUUAAUUUUUGGAUUGCUUAGGUCAGGAAUUCCCAAUCUGGUGGAACGCUCUGUCACAAGAGACUAGGGCCCUGCGGGAUUUGACCUCUUUCCGCAGGACCUGCAAGACAGAGCUGCUCCACCAGGCCUUUGGCCAGGGCACAGCCUGACUCCCUCCUUUGGCUAUCCUCACAGAAAACUAGCCCAAUUGGUUGCCAUUAAUCUGAUUUGAAUUAAUUUUAUAAUGAAAUGAUUUUAGAAUGUUGUAUCAUUUUAUUUUUGUUAGCCACUCUGAGCCUGGCUUCGGCUGGGGAGGGCGGGAUAUAAAUAAAAUUUUAUUAUUUAUUAUUAUUAUUAUUAUAACUGUGGUCCGUGGACCAACAGUGGUCUGCGAGCUUCAUACAGGUAGUCUGCAGCAUCUAUGCAUUGAAUAGCCAUAUUGAUUGUCAUUGUAUUUUUAUUGCUUCUAUUGUUUCUUAUAUUGUAUAUUACAGUUUGAAUACUAGGGAAUUCAAGUUGCAAUACAAAACAUACAAGACAUAAGAGAUGCAACGAAAUACAAUUAAAAAACAUGCAGCAUCUAACUCAGUGGAUUCCUUUUGCUGUAACAGGCAGGAAAAAGUAUUAAGUAGUCCACCAAGGCUAUCAGAAUUUUCAAGUGAUUGGAGGGGGAAGGUUUGGAAACAUUGGUUUAGCUAUUAAACGGAAAACAAUUUUUGAAACUUUUGAAGUUAUAACAUUUAUUUAAUAUAUUGCUGAUUUUAAAAAAAUCUUCAAAAGACAUCUAACAUUUAAAACUUACACUUUGCAUUCAUCAAUGGAAACACCAGAUAACAAGAGUGCUUGUAAUUCCAGAAAGGGUUCAGGAACUCUGUUAAAUGGGGCUUUAUUAUUCCUACCUGCAACACUGAAAACCUCAGUAGACACAGGCGGGUGGCACCUGUAUUUUCUGUAUCCCCACUCCUCACACACAUUGGUGUAAACAUUUUCUCCCCUUUGUUAAUGGCAGUGUCCUGGUAUGCUCAUCCUUCCCUUUCCCCUCUAGAUGGGGCAAAUAAAAUACCGUAUUUUUCACUCUAUAGGAUGCACCGGACCAUAAGACACACCUAGUUUUAGAGGGAGAGAACAAGAAAAAAAAUUUCUCUCCCUCUCUGCGCAGCGCCCCUUCAGCGAAGCAGCAGGAGAAGGGGCGCCCCUCCCAUUUCUCCUCCCGCUUCGCUGAAGGGGCGCUGCGCAGAGAGGGAAAGCAGCGCAGCGCCUCUCCAGUGAAGCAAAGCCAGGAGAGCAAGAGGGAUCAGUGCGCACUGAUCCCUCUUGCUCUCCUGGCUUCAGCAAAAGCAAUGAGAAGCCUCCGGGAUGCAGCAGAGGCUUAUAGAGCUUGCAUUCGCUCCAUAAGACGCACACACAUUUCCCCUUAAUUUUUGGAGGGGGAAAAGUGCAUCUUAUAGAGCGAAAAAUAUGGUACUCUGUCACCUCAUUAGUGGAAUGGGACAGUCAGGCAAGAAAGGCGUAAGUAUGCAGGGCAAGUGGAACUGUAGUCUUUCCCUCUCUGCUUCUCAUCUUCCUGAUUUCCCUCAGGAGCAUGGAUGUUUUAGUAAUGGUUCGCUCAUGUUGCUUUGCAGGACGAACUACAGGAAGACCACGAUUACAUUGGAUCUAGUUCGGAGCUGCUUUAUUUAAAAUUGCAGCCUUUAGAAACUAAGAGAGUUGGUGUUGUCUUCACCCCUAUCGAUUACAAAAGGGUAAACUCCCUUAUACUGGUCAGGUAGGUCUCUUCUCGAGAUUCUGUGGGGCGAAUUAGGCACUGUUUUAGAAAGCUUUGUUUCAUAUUUCCAUCAGUGAGUGUAGGCCCCAGGGCUACAUCCAAAUUUGAUCUUUGGUACUUUCCCCCUAAAGCUUGGAUUUACUGUAUAUGCAAAUUAUAGAAAUAUUUCGCAUCCACAGGAAUUGUACUUGGUCUUGGCAAAGCACAGCAGUGAAUUUUUCCAAAAGAUGCCCACAUCUUGCAAGAUGGUGGGAAGACUGCUUUUCUUUUUUCCCUUUAAAUUUUUAUUUAUUUGUUUAUUUAUAAAGGCACCCUUGCUGUAUUGCAGGAAUAAUUUGACUGUUCUGGAUGUGGUUUAUGUCGAAGGCAUUGGAGCCAGAGAGCUGUUGAAAGUAGGGGGAAGGUUGCCAGGGGCAGGAGGAUCCCUUCGAUUUAAGGUGCCAGAAUCAACCCUUAUGGACUGCAGGAGACGUGAGUGACAAUCUGAGAAGGAAAGGACUAAGUGAGAUUAGUUUAACCAAACAGAUGUGCAUGGUUUGGAGGAUAAAGUGCCAGUCUCAUGGGCACAGCUAUGAGUGAAUAACAUAAACGUCUGUUUUCACAUGCAUAACCAUGGUUGCUGCUGUGCAUACUUAAGGUAGUAUACAUGUGCAAUCCUCACAUAGAUGGUGUGCCCUGAUUUAGGAAGAGUUGCAUGUGAAGUAUUACAUGUCCCCAUUCCAGCUCCCAUCUCCCUUUCAUAAUAAGGAUGAAGACUUGAAUAUAUUGUAACAUAGUUGUAGGAAAGUACAGUUUCUGCCACUUAGAAGUGUCCUCAAGAUGGCUUUUAAUGAUUACCUUGAAGUAACUUGCAUUUUGUUUUCUUUAGAACUGAAAGAUGGCAAGCAAAUUUUAUCCAUCACAAAGAACUUUAAGGUUGAAAACGUUGGUCAUCUUCCUAUCACUAUAACGUCUAUGAAGAUUAAUGGGUACAGCUGCCAGGGUUAUGGAUUUGAAGUACUCAAUUGCCAAGAUUUUUUUCUGGCACAGAACUCUUCGCGGGAGAUUAGCAUUGUGUAAGCAUUUGCUGCUUUCCAUUGACAAACUGGCUUACUUUAGAAUUGAGUUUAAAAGGAACCACACUAUUACACUUAUAUCCUACCUCAAAGGAGCUCAAGGUGUCAUACAAAGUUCAUAUAAAUAAAUAAAAAUUCCAAGAAGAGGCUAUCCUUGUUUCUGACUGUUUGGAAGCACUCUAUUGUGUCAUUCUUUAAAGUGCUAUCUUUGCCUUAAGGGUUGCAGAGCUUACAGUCUGUUGUGUGUGUUGAGCAUUUUGUUUUCCAGUUAGGGUCAUGCUGCACAACAUUGUAACUUUGACAGGGCAAUUUCAGAGCUGAAGGAAAAAUAACUUAUCCUACUGUGGAACAUGUUAUGGGCCAGGGCAGAGCAGCACAAUUAAAGGCUGUAGUGGGAACAUAUUUCAUUGAUUUAAUAUCAAGAAGUCUAUCUCCAUUAUAAUGAACAUUAUUCAACAUGAAUCAUAAUUAAUUUUUCUUAAUUAACUCAAAGGGGAGAAGAUCCAUUUGUACCUUAAAUUUUGUGGGUCCAGCCUUUACUUGAAGUCUUGCUAAUGGGAUGCUCUUGCUGGUACUGGUGGGGCGGUUUUGCCAAUCUGCGUUUUCCCCCUGUAGUCUUCUGAGCCUCCCAAAACAGAGGUUGGGAGUUCUUCGGGGACAGCAUGUGAAUUGGGCCUUCCUCCAUGAAAUGACUGUCUGCCCCAGUGUAUUUACAAACAAAGCCAAACUAGCUAACUGACUUUUAGGUAAGGUAUAUGAUUGGGUACUAGACAGCUGAUGUGUUACUUCACUUUUCAUCUUACUCAGUUGGAAUCAAUGAUCUAGCAAUAUUCAGGAUUUCUAACUUGGUCUCCAUACAGUGCCAUAAAGGUGGUGAUUGUAAGCCCUUAUACGAAAUGGAAAUACUUUCAUCAGAUACUGUUAUAACAUCUUUUACUCAAGAUUUAAUUAUGAGUUGCUUCACUGAACAAGAUUUCUCUACAGAAAAGUUACACCUCUGGAUGUUUGUGAUACAAGUCACAGGGAGCAUAGCAUGGACAGAAGAGGAAAGAAUACAGAGCUAGGAUGGGCAAACUCUGACUUGUGGACCAAACUUGACCCACUAAGCCUUUGCAUUUGGCCUGUGAGGCCAUUUCCCCCAAACCACACCACCUGCCCCACAUCUGAUGUCCCAUGUGACAUCAGUUGUGGGGCAGGUAGAGAUGACAUUGCAGAAAGCAGGAUUGAAUUUGCUGUACAUCCCCUGAUACAUGGGGUGUUCGAUCCUGCUUGGUUUGGAUAUACCAGCAAGUUCCUGCUAGAAACUUGCUGAUGUGCCUGAACCACUUUGAAAGCAGAACUGAAUGGUGUGUGGUGAAUUCAGUAUUGCUCAAGCAGGAUCUUCCCCCGCACCCACAUCGGUCAGCUUUUGACAGGCGUAAUGUCAUUUCCCCAUCAGGUGGGUGGCCAAAAAAGUUCCCACGCCGACUGAAGCCAAGUGCUUUGGGCCAUAAAUCUUGCUGAGAGGAAGGGUGAUGGUGCUGACCACAGUGGUUGAUUGAAAGCACACAGAGGAACAUGCAGUGCAGUUAUGUGUCCUGCUGAAGGCACCUCUUGCUCAAGGAGUUUCAAUAACAUCUAGGACUUCUACUUGAAUUCUUUUCAGACAGAUGGGAAUAAAGGUUAUUGUAUGUAAUGGGUAUGUGCAGGCUUCAGCCAUGUGUAUUAGGUGCUGUGUUAAAGGAUUCUCCUCAUUGUGAUCAAAGGGGUUACAAGUGAAUCACAAAGAGUGGUAGGAGGAAGCAGGGGGUUUGAUGUUGAACAAAAAUACAGGACUUUCAUGGGACCCGAUUCCCGUCAAAAUGUCACUGGCUUUUUAAUUUUUUGGUGUGCAGGUUUACUCCAGAUUUUACUUCUUCAUGGGUUAUCCGUGAGCUGACUCUGGUGACUGCUGGUGGUGUCGAGUUCCACUUCACUCUCAAUGUGACUCUUCCUCACCAUCUUUUACCACUGUGUGCAGAUGUGGUACCAGGGCCCAGCUGGGAAGAGUCCUUCUGGAGGCUUACAGUGCUCUUUGUCAGGUAAAGCAUUUAUUUAUACAUAUUAACAAAUUUAUAGACUGCUUCAUGGCAUAAAGCCUGGAAAUUUUCAGUCUCAGACACCUAAACCUUCAAUUUUAAAGCAGCAGCAAGAUGAUAUCAAGAAAAGGCAACUUGGCCACCUCCUCACUGUCUUACUAGAUCUGGUUUUUCCUUGAGCAGGAAGCACAUUUUCCCCCUAAAUGCAAGCCCCUCUAAUACAGAGAUGAAGCACCUAGGUCUGUCCAAGAGGUUACUGGACUACAACUCCCAGCAUUCCUUGCUGUUUGUUGUGGGUGGGGCUGAUGGGAGUUGGAGUGCUACAGCUUCUAGGGAACAAGUUGGAUACCUUUUUAUAUGCCUUGAAAACAUACCCAAGAAGUAUGAUGUAGCAGGCAGAAAGUCAUAGACAGGAGAGGCUAUUAAGCGGAAGAUGGGAGUUGCAGUGGCUAAUUCCAGACAGGUUGGGAUUAAGAAGUAUUAUACCUGAAGAAGGGAUGCUCCAGGCAAUACAGUGCUGUUGGGAAGAAGGAAUUCCUCCCUUUAGCUGGAGAUAUAACAUGCUCGGUAAACUAGCUGAAGACUACCAGGUUCCAUGCAGAGGGAAAUAUUUCCAGUCAGUCUCAAUGAUCCCACCUUUAUGAAUGCUGGCUGUAAUAACUUCAACGCUGAACACAAUUAACCCAUUCAAUUUGAUGUUGGUUCCAACCUCCUGAAUGUAAAUCUUGCUUUAUUUCUACACACACGUUUUGCUGAAAACAUUUAUCUUUCCCUGUCUUGCAGUUUGUCUCUUCUGGGUGUGAUUCUGAUAGCUUUCCAGCAAGCGCAGUACAUCCUAUCGGAAUUCUUGAAGUCAAGACAAAGGCAGAAUCCCAGUCCUUCUGCACUGCCAAACAACAGUUCUGUGGACAUCAUCAGCUCUGAAACGUACAAGUAAUAAAUAUUAACUUUCUGUUAGGUGCCUUGAUGUGAAAAUCUCUUUAAAGUGAUGAUGGUGUUGCUGUUUGAUUCUGAGAAUAGAUAGGUGGUGGUGGUUGGAAAUGCUAGUUCCUCAAGAAAGGAACAGUUUCUUGACAAUUGAUGUUGCUGUUCAGAUGCUGAUAAAAAACGGCUCAUUACACAUCACAGAAGUUGUGUCCUCAGUGUGGGAAGGGAGAAAUAUGUAACCUGCCUUCAGUAUAUGAUGGAGAUGGUGAGGGGAAGGAAACAUGGGACAGUCGUGCUUCUUGAUACUAAUCUGAAGCUAAUUUUCUGUGCAAUGGCUAAAAUAAUGAAAUACACUUUCCGCAAAACAGGAUAAAAAUGGUAUCAAGAUGGCUUCCAGGAAAAAAUAGUGCUCAGUAUUAUGCCUUAUUUUCCAGUCUCCCCCUGGUCUUGAUAAAAUGAUUUAUGAACAAUAUGAUCUUUGUGCCAUAAAUAAAUGUAAUCACUUUAUUUCUGAUCUAGGAGCAGUUGCAAAACCUUUACGGAUACUUACGGUUCUUCUGAUAAAGGGAAAGGAAAAGGCUCCCUUUCUGUGGGCACAGCAACUAGCCGGAGUCAGAAUGCUGCCAAAAGGAGUCCAGCAACAUACAGUCAUUCUCAGAAGAAGCACAAGUGCUCUGUAUACUAUGGUAAACCAAAAUCAAGCACAGCAACCAGCACCACUAUUCUAACAACUGAUGACAAACAGAACCCAGUGGUCGAAAAUCAAACUCCAGCAGCAAAGGAGGACAUUUGCACUGUUAGUGAGACUUGGCUGAGCCUGAAAUAUGCCAGUAGCAUAAAUGUAAACAUGCAAAAGAACUUGACGCACCCAGGGAACUUUCUAGAUAAAGAAGAGAGUGCAUUGAAAAAUGCAACGCCUAUAAAAAAUACUUCUUCAGAGUGCAAUUUGAAGGAGGGUCUUCGAUCAAGUAUGUUUCCUAAGGAAACGAACCUUAAGACUUCAGAAAAUGUAGCUGAGCUCAAAGAACCUGAGCUGUGUCCUUUGAAGUCAUCAAAGAAGCUGUCUGAAAGUCGCUUCCCAAGACAUUCACCUCAGCAACAACCGGAAUUUCAAGAAGUUUCCAGGAAAAACAAUGGUAACAUUUUUUAAAAAAUACAGAAAUAGAGUAGUCUGAAUUGAACUAAUACUGAACUAGAGGGGGGCAUUUUUGAAAUGACAUCGAAAGGAAAAAACACAGUAAUUUCUUAUCAAACUUACAGACUUCAUUACUUUUAAGCACAUGUACUGUAGUCAGUUUAAAUGCUUGUAGAAGUUUAAAUUCUUUAGUUUUAUUUAAAUUCUAAUUAAGACCCAGUGUUGCAAACUGAAGUACAUUGCGGAUUUUGCCAGUUGGGGAGAAAUGGUGAAGAAAAUAAAAACCACCAACAUCCAUAGCAAAGAAAAAGGGAAAAUUCUUUUUGAGCAGUAUGUGGAUAUUACACCAAUAUUACACAAAAGCAAACAUACACAGCCCACCUGUAGCCCUCUUCAGUCAUUCUUCUUACUCACACAAUUGCCACUUUGUGAAGGAAUAGGGUACUGCCAAGGUCCAUUCCCUCCAGCACAUCUGCAGAGGGCUGAAAACGAGGGAAAUAACAUACUGUUCUUUGUGCAGUUGUUAUUUUGUGAGUAAGCACUUACCUGACAGAGGUGAAUUUCACUUGAAAUAUUCUUACAAGGUGAGGUAAAUACUGUAUCGUUUUUAUUUUUAUUUUGAAGGGAAUAGCCAGCAGGUGUCUCUCAGGAAUGAAAUAGAAAGCUGUGACUCUUUGAAAAAGCAGGUGAACACAAAGCCCUCAGCAGAGAAGGCGAUAAAUAAAGGGCCUAAAGAUGAACUGCAGUGCUGUGGAAAACGGGAAGUUUCUUCUGCUGAGGUUUGAAUUGUUACAUGCUGCUUUAAACAUUUUGGAACUGGGAUUUUAAAUGCAAUUGCAGAUAAACACCUAAAAAUAAAAAUUUCUGGGAUUUCUGGGACAUAAGCAGUGCUUUUUUUCUUAAAAAAUGUUUAGGGGUACUCUCAUUUUCCUAUUCAUAUUGAAAUACUGCCCCUCAAUGAGGCCAAACUUAGAUUCACAAAAUGUUCAGGGGUAUGUGUACCCCUGCAUACCCCCAGAAAAAAAGCCCUAGACAUAAGAUCCCGUGAGUGUCAUUGAGAGUGGCCAGAUUUCUAUUGCUGGCAGUGAGAAUAAGGAGCCAAUUAAUUAUGUGAAGCUUGAAGGAUUAUUUCCAGGCAUUUAUUUACCCGAGGUUACUCUUUGGCUUUGUAUAUAUCUGACUUACUGUUGCUACGCUGUUACACUUUUUCUUGUAUUUUGGCAUGCUGUAUGUUUCUAUUUCUGUAAUGAACUGAUGUAAUGAACUGAUGAUGAAAUCAGAAUAUGUUUAUAGUGGGGAAGUAUACCCAAGUAUUUCCGUAUGUAGAAAUUGAAGGAAGUUUCUAUGCAAGCUUGUUGUCUCAUGGGUUUCUAGCUAAUUCAGUGACCUUUGUGAUCACUUUGCAAGUAAAAAUGUGAUGAAAGAAUGGCAUAGCCAUUUUUACAUAGCAUAGGUUACAUAUUGGGUUGUGUCCAACAAAGCCAUCAUAUUAGCUUAAGGACUUCCACCUGGGCAAUGGGACUGUCACUUCCUAAACACCUCGUGCCAUGUUCAACCCAGAAGAGAUUGUGGGGGGCAUGGAGAAAGGAAAGGGAGACAAAGUGCCAUUGUAUAGGCAGCUAAUGGGACAACAUAAUUGGAUAUAAUCUGGCAUUUCUUCAGCCUCAAAAAUAGUGGUGUAAACUUAGCCUGCCUUCAUUCAUAUCGUACUAUAAAUAGAGAAUUCCAAGACCUGUUUUAGAAAUCUAGAGGCUGAGUACAUGCUAACUUUUGCUACAGUAUAUCCUGUGAGAGGCCCUUUAUACCCAUUGAUUUGAACAGUAUAGAUUUGUAGUGCAUAUGUGUUCUUGAAGAAACAAUCUUACAGUUGAAAUUUGCAUUCCCUGUUCCCAUUGCUUUGGAAUAGUUGUAGCUGUGUAAUUUAAGCUUGAAAUAACUUUUCAGGCAAGUUUGUCCCUUAAUAAAAUAGCAAUUCACGUAAUCAGAACAGAUGAAGUAAAAAAAAAAAAAAAGUGAAGAAAGGAAGAAUUUAUGGAGGGUAAGUUUAAAACUGAGCUAGUCAUAAAUCUGACAGGUGGUUCUGGUUUUAAUCGAGGCAAAAUUGUGUAGGCCAUUGUUUCAGCCCUUUAUGACUGUGGUAUUUAGCUGAGGAAAGAAUCAAGGAAUGUGGAGGAGAAUAAAAUUGCAUGCUAACACAUUUCACAAAACUAUAGUUUUUUUAACGUUAAUAUUAAUGACAAUUUUGCAUGAUAAUUAUUUUCUGAUUAAAAUGCUGUGCGACUGUAGUCUGCCAGAUUUUGAAGCUAUUGAUACAAACUCAUAGUCUUAAGUAAUAUGUCUUAAUAAGUCUUGUUUUUUUUACCUUUCAGCAAGAAGAUACUCACCGAAAAAAUGGGUCUCCAGAGAAAAGAGAAGGGCAUGUACCAAAUACAAACUGGAACAGAAAUAGGACAAACAGAAAGAAUAAGAAGAAGCAUGCUAAUUUAUCUGUACGGUAUGUAUGGCUGCUUCUUUAUGUUCAGAUUUUUAAAUUUAGGAAUGCAAGCAGUAUUUCCACCACUUUUUCUUGUUGUUUUCUUGUUGAUUUUUGUUGACAAAACAAUUUUUUGGUUAAUUUUUACUUUUGUUAAUUUUUACUUUUUCCUUGCUAUUCUUAAUUUUCAUCCUACCCUUCUGCCAAAGAAUCAAGAAUGGCAUUAGAGUCAUUGAACAAGCCUCUAGGCCAGCCUUCCCUAACCUGGUGUUCCAGACUACAAUGUUCAUCAUCCCUAACCAUUGGCUACAACUGACUGAGGCUGAUUGGAGUUGUCACCAAAAACAUCUGGGUGGCACCAAGUUGCAAAAGGCUGCUCUAAACUGUGUGUGAGAACCCGUGUCAGGACUGUUCUGUUUUAGUAGCAUGCAAACAGAUUGUUCACAUAGGUAACUAAUUAAUAGAUGUACCACAUGUAAGAUAACUACCCCUUUGUUGUUGUUGCUUGUAGGGUCCCUGAACAGACUGAGUUGAAGCAUGUGUGUAGUGGUUUUGAAAGACCUGAACUUAGAACUAAUGUUAAUAUAAGAAACUGGUGUGGUCAGAGCAAUGGAGAAACAUGUAAAGGAGAAGAGAGAGGUGGCUUACCCACACAGAGAGAAGCAGGUAUGUAAUCAAAAGUGACUCAGAACCAAAUGCUAUGCAUAACUAGUAUUAGUAGUUUGCUUUUGAUUCCGCUCCUAUUUUUCUAUUGCACUUUGUCUUUAAGAUAGAGCAGUGCUACGGCAUGAUGAAUCUUCUGGUUCUUUAUCCCCUUUUGUGUAUGAACAUUCUCAGCCAAGGAGAAAGAAUUGGGGAGUUCAAGCCAGCGAUAAAUACACUUGACAAAACCUUCAGUUCCUAACGCGUGGGGGGGGGGGGCAGCUUAUAGCGAAAGAUGCCUGAAUGCAAGUUCCAGCCUCAUUGUUGAGUAGGGGGGUUGAGUAGGAAGGUCUCAGCAAAGGAAGGUCUGAAGUUGAGCCACCACAAAUGGGGAAAAGGUGUUCCUCUUGACAUUAUGUAGUAUCAGAAUGUAUCUGUGAAGGCUUCUGAAGCUCAGGCAUAGAAAACAUUUAUAAAUGGGUCCCAUCAUAUUCUAUCCACUUACCCACUUGGGAUAUAUGCUAAACCAGUUCAGUAUUUUUCCUAGUUAACAAAAUAUAGAAUGGAUAAGAAUGUUCAGUGUCUGGUCAGUUGCAUAUAUUUGCCAGCUAGGUGGAAUAAGUUGGCGAGUCAUAAACUUCUGUUUUGUUACGAAUUUUCCAAAUUGCCUAGAAGGUUUCUAUCAGUGGCCGAAGAAGAAGUGCCUGGAAAGGUUUUGCUCGGAUUCAAGCUCAGACUGCGGAAGUUCUUCAGGGAGUGUUCGUGCCAGUCGAGGCAGCUGGGGGAGCUGGAGCAGCACUAGCAGUUCCGAUGGCGACAAGAAGCCAAUUAUUCCUAGCAGGCACUUCCUUCCUUCUAGUAAGUGCUGUAAGAGUGUGUGCAUUCUGCAUUUCUUGAGGCAUCAGAGUCUGAAAAUUGCAAAAGAAGAAGAAGCUGCAAUAACUCAAUUAUUACAGAAUUAUUUUCAGUGGAGUGUCUUUUAAAGCCUUAACUGGGCAACAUGAAAUUUAUUUAGAAAAAAUAUUUAUAUGCUGCCAUAUCACAAAAAUAUAUCAAAGCGGUAUAUUUAAUUCUCCAUCUCCCUUAAAACAACUGUAGAAUUAUUGAAUAUGGGAUUAAGUGAAUAUAAAUAUAUAGAUUAUGUAUUCAAAUACACACAGCCAAAGAGAGAAAAGACACAUCACCUUACAAAUUGCUUCUACCGUGGUUUAUGCUGUAGAAACCUAAAACUGCAUUCAGCAUUGGCAGUUAGUAUGGGGUUCGUAAGGCAAAUAAAGCAGACCAGCAUAAAUCUACAGCUUUUUUGCAGCCCUGUUUAUUAUCAACACAAAUCUCUUCCUCCAAUAAUCUGCUUGGCCAAUAAUCCUCAUUUCAGCGCCAGGCAAAUACUUUUUCUGGGCAUUUGGGCCAUGAUGGGAUAUUUUUUACCAUGCUUACAUUUUUACUUACGUUUAUGUAUUUUUACUUUUUUGUUGUUGUUAUAUAUCAGUUCAGGACUUUUUGUUGUGAAACUAUACUAAAACUCUAUACACCCCCACCCCCAAAAGAAAGAAGAAAAUGCUUGAUAAAUAUUUUGUUCAUAGCUUCUGACCUGUUACAAGUUUGCACUUGAUUACACUGGUCAACAACAAAUUUGUUUGCGUUUUUUCAGUUGAUUUAGGACGAAUCUGAUGCGCUGAAUCCAAAAAUCACAUUGGUUUUGCUCAAUCAGGUCAAGUUUUUGAGCUAUGGCCACAUGUCGUUUUUUUACGUUUUUGUUCUAAUGUAUGCUUGUGUGGAGCAUUUUAGAAGAAGUGGGUGGGUGUUAAAUGCCAUGUUGAAUAAUUGUUUUGAUUGCAAAUGAUUAUUUUAAUGACAAGAAGUAUUCAGGUCCGAUAGUUCUGGGUGAUUAUGUCAAAAAGGGAUCAGUUUGAAGUCAUAAAACCUCGAAAUCUUCCAUAAAUUGGUGCGGCAAAGCAACAUGAGCAUCAAGAUGCACUACCUAUUUUCACAUAUGGACCGGUUUCCUGAGAACCUGGGUUCAAUGAGUGACGAGCAGGGGGAGAGAUUCCAUCAGGACAUGAAAGAGAUGGAGACCAGGUAUCAGGGUCGCUGGAACGCAGUCAUGAUGGCUGACUACUGUUGGACUCUGAAGAGAGACCUCCCUGCCGCUGAGCAUUCCAGGAGUUCCAAGAAACGGAAGUUCAAACCCUGAAGUUUGAAAAAUGGUGAAGCAACAUGCAAUUUACGUGUACUUACCUUUAUCAAUGCCCACCAUUCAGUUUACAGUAAACCUGACCUGAUGGAGAGAAACGGAUGCCAUUUCCUGAUUCAGCAGUGCAAAAAUACCCUAAAUCAGUUGUAGAAAUCUAGACAACAUUCAAAAAGUAAAAAAUUGUUGCCCAGUGUUAUCUAUGCAGUCCUAGUAUGUAGAAAACUGUAUUGUAUUAUUUUACCAAAAUGUCAUGUUCAGCUUUAUUCUGUCAUUUGCAUAGGGGAAAGUAUUUCAUGCAGCGAUUUUCCAGCUGAAACACCCAUCUCUUUAAACCCAUCUCACAAAAUCUGCAACACCAGGUAAAAUACUUUAAAGAAUCACAUUCAAAUGUGAUUAGCAAAUGAACUGGGGAGGGGGAAUACUACUAAACUAAAUUUGUAAUGCUCAGUAGUGUUUUUGCAUUAUAUCUUAUUUUAUGCAAAACAGAUGUGCUGUAAUAUAUCUUAUUUCUAAUAGCUGGUAACGCUUCAAUUGCUGCCUUUAUGUUGCUAAUGGUAUUAAAUGACUAGCCCACCACUACCAUACAAAUGAUGUGUGCACAGACCUCUAUACAUAUAUUUAUUUUUGCAUGAACCUGUUUAGUGUGUGUCUUUCUGUGUGUAGAUAAAUUGGGUUUGUUAAUUGAAAUGCAUACAGAUUUCCCACCUGCCCCAUGCCUGCAGGAAAUCUGUUUGACAUACAUAGCUUCCUUGUAUUAGGACAAGGAUAGUUGAUUUUUCUAAAUAUAAAAUAAUUUGUUUGCACUUGUCUUCAGCAGAGAUGUGAAUGGUGUCCCUCAGUAUCCAGAAAACCUAUGCCCCAACUUCCCUGACAUAAGUGUAGAUCCAGACAAAAAUAAAGGUUAGUUAAUCCAAGUGAAACUAGAUAAUGGGACAACUUCAUUGGGUACAAACCCUUGUUUACUGGAUGGUAUGUAAAUAUUGCAUUGUACACAAUAUAAAUAAAAUCAAAACUAAGGCACAAAAUGUUUUAAAUACACAGAGGUGCACAAAAAUGCUAAGUAUUAUUAGAAUAUUCCAAUUUGUUGUGUUCCUUGGACCUGGAAACGUGAUUAUUAAAAAUCAUAGUUAGUUUGAACUAAGCCAGUUUAGGUAAUUAUGCUUUCAAGUUGGCUUGUUCUGAAACUUAACCAUAGUUAAUGUGAAAACCACACUUGUAUCAGACUGUACAACAUGACAAGCCAUACUUAAUCAAAAGAUUUUGAUUCCUUCCUCCUGGCUAUAUGGGAGGAGGUAAAGGGAGAGGGGAAGAGAAAGUGCAAGGCUCACUAUAUUUCACUCUUGCUUGUGCAGAUUGUGCAAAUGCAGCUGGAAAUGGCAGAAUUGAAUUCUUGGUGGUGCUAAUGCUUGACAGUUUGUUAAUUUAGAGGUCAUGAUUUCAAUUUUACUUGUCCUCCCAGGUCUUUAUCCAGCGGGGGACCUGUGGCCACCUCAACCUGUGUGCCUGCCAAAUAGCGUGAACUACAGCCUUGAGAACAACAUCCCAUGCAUGAUCCAGGAAAACCCUUCAUUACACAAUGGGCAAGUUUCUUUCCCUCGCCCCUCCUGUUACACAUUUUACUAAAACAAUGGUAUUAUUUUGUAAACUGCCAAUACAUGGGUAUUUUGUUUUUGUUCCUGAAAUGCUAAGUUUUGCUUUGACUUUUAGUAGCUUCAUUGAUUGGAAUGCCUCCUGUGAUGGUCAGUUUACCAGCGUGUACUGCCCAGUGGAAGUGAAUGAAUACAAUGCUUUUCCAGAAGGUAAGUCUCCUACAAUCCAUUAGAUCCAUUUCAGUCCGGGUUCUAUCCUGGUUUUGGGACCGAGACAGCUCUGGUCACCCUAACAGAUGAUCUUCUGGACCACUGCCUCGCCGACGUGGGGAUACAGGGCAUAGCCCGUAAAUGGCUGCACUCUUUUAUCUCUGGUUGGGGACAGAGGGUGGCGCUAGGGAGGGAGAUGUCGUCGCACCACUCCUUGGUGUGUGGAGUGCCUCAGGGCGCAAUCCAUUCCCCGAUGCUUUUUAACAUCUUUAUGCACCCCCUUGCCCAGAUUGUCCGGAGCUUUGGGCUGGGUUUGUCACCAAUAUGCUGAUGACACUCAGCUCUAUCUGCUGAUGGAUGGCCAUACCGACUUGGCCCCGGACACACUGGCCAGAUGCUUGGAAACUGUGGCUGGAUGGUUUCGUGGGAGCCGACUGAAACUAAAUCCUUUGAAGACAGAGGUCCUCUGGCUGGGUCGGGAUGGUAUGGGGAUGAGGGACCAACUCCCUUCUCUUGGGGGGGCCCAAUUAGUGCCAUUGCCUUCCGUUAAGAGUUUGGGUGUAAUCCUUGACGCCUCCCUUUCCAUGGAGGCGCAGGUUACAGCAACAGCCAAGGUGACAUUUUUCCACCUUCACCGCAUCAAGCAGUUGGUCCCUUACCUUUCCCGCCCCGACCUGGCCACAGUGAUCCAUGCAACGGUCACCUCCAGGCCUGACUACCGUAAUUCGCUCAACCCGGGGCUGCCCUUGAAGCUGUUCCAGAAACUUCAGCUGGUGCAGAAUGCUGCAGUGAGGCUCCUCACGGGGUCUCUGCCAUGGGAGCAUAUUCACCCAGUGCUUUUCCAGCUGCACUGGCUCCCGGUAGAGUACAGGGUCAGAUUUAAGGUGCUGGUUUUGACCUUUAAAGCCCUUCACGGCCUAGGACCCUUGUACCUAUGGGACCACCUCUCCCGGUAUGCCCCACGGAGGAGCUUAAGGUCCAAAAAUAGCAACACUCUGGAGGUCCUGGGCCCUAAGGAAGUUAGAUUAACCUCAGCCAGAGCCAGGGCCUUUUCAGCACUGGCUCCGGCCUGGUGGAACGCUGUGUCUCAUGAGACCAGGGCCCUGCGGGAUCUGAUUUCUUUCCACAGGGCCUGUAAGACAGAGUUGUUCCACCUGGCCUUUGGCUUAGAAUCAAUUUGAUUCUCUCCCCCUCUUUCUUUUUUCCUUUCUCCUCCUGUGAAAAGGCUGCAUUUUAAUGUUUUAAUGUUGUAUUUUAAUCUUCUUUUUAAAGUUGUAUUUUAAUCAACUUGUUUUUAUUAUUGGUUGUUAGCCGCCCUGAGCCCGGUCUUGGCUGGGGAGGGCGGGGUAUAAAUAAAUUUUAUUAUUAUUAUUAUUAUUAUUAUUAUUAUUAUUAUUAUUACAAAACCAUGAGUGGUUUAGAAACAGGCACUUGUCCUUUCCCAUCAGGUGCUCAGGUGAACAGCUCCCAGAUAUCAAAUGACAGCUUCCCUACCUCCUCUUAGCUUUUGUGAACACCUUGCAGUCUCCCCACUACCCCAUCUGACUCCCAGCUCAUUGCACUGACUUGUGUAACUAUAGUGCUGAAGUCCACCUUGGGCAUCUCUUGGGAGAUGAUGUUUGUGGUCCAGUAGGCCUAUCUAUAUUCUUCCUCAGCACAGCCUGUAUCUUCCUCUUCCCACACCCUACCUCCCAAUGAUCUACAAACACACACACACACACAGCAGGCUAGUAGGAUCCAACUGCUGCAAUAAUUAAGAAAAAUGUAGAACCACCCUACAGAAUUAAGUUAAUUGUUGGUUGACAAAUCUGCCCUUUCUCCCAAACUAUAGAAAAUAUGAACUAUCAUAAUGGCUUCCCAUGCACUGCGGAAGUUCAGAGUACAGCCUUCAUUGAUCACAGCUGCCAAUCUACUUGGAGCACCCCACCUAAUAUCCCUCCAACUUGGGAGCCAAGCAAUUAUGUCAAUUCAACAGUGAGUAUAAUGGGUGUUAUAUUACUAUAGUAUAGUAACAUAGUAGCCAUCUGGUUAUAUGUGACUGUCCCUUACAUCCUCUUGUUGAUCAUUUCUUUUUAGUGAGUUCUUUAAAAAAAGACUUAUUUCAAGAUUUAGCCCAGAUGGUUUCAAUUCUUUUUUUUUCUACUCUGGAUUUAAUUCUAAUUUUGGUGCAGUUGAUAUAAAUUUUCUUUGUAGCAGUUAUGCAAUUCUGUUUGUACCGAAAUACAUUUUCUACAGGAAUCAUUUGAGAACAUGUAGGAAAAUGUGUGAAAACUUACUUUUUCCUGGGUGUAAGAAUGGAAAACAGUUUAGAUUUCAACAAUGCAAGCCAACAGUUUAAAUAUUAAUAGUAUUCAACUUGCUAGGCACAUCAGUAUGGGAUUCUUUUAAAUAUAAAAAGCAGGGUGGGGAGGACGGGACCUGGUGAAAUGGCAGACGAAACAGAAGUGUAGUCAGGAAAUUGCCAGCAUGAUUUUUUUGUGUGUUUUGGAAUAUGCUUUUGUUCCUGUUGUAGGCCGAUCAGUUUAAUGCUAUUUUUUCCAGAGUUUAUGCUGGAUCUGAAUACUGAAGGAGGGCCAAAAAAGAGACACUGAAUUGUUGCUCAUUUAUUUCCGGGGUGGCACAGAGCAUUCUGUGCUUCAGGUUUUUUUUGUUUAUGUAGUGCUCUCAUUUAGAAGUUUUUUAAAACUCUGAUAAAGCAAAUGGUGCUGGUGAGACGAUUCAGAGCAGAUCUUAAAGUUCUCCAGUUUUGACACAAGCAGAACACCUGUGCUCAGACUUGUUCCUGGCCCUGCUGCUUCCCUUGCACUGCUUAUGAUUACUUGACUCUGUCAGUAAUCACCUUAAGAGGGUGUGUUUUUCCACUGACUGAAGGAGUGAAGGGGUGGGUGAGAAAACAGGCAAUAUCACACUGUUGUCUUGCUUUCUAAGGCCCACCAUUCCUGUGUCUGGCCUUACUGUUGUUUGUCCACACAAACGACACAUUUUAAGCCAUUUAAGUAAGUGCCAUGCAGGAAACGAUUUUAAGAGUGCAUGUUGUUAAAUAUUUGCUCUUAAGCUAAUUAAAUAAGGAGUUUUGCGGGGGUAUUGAAUCUCUUUAUCUCCCAAGCUGCUUUUCCAAACAUCAUCUGUUGAGUUCUUUGUUUCUAAAUGUGUAUGUUUUAUGGCACACCCAGUUCAUGAAAACUUUUCUCUUCAACGAAGCUUUGGGAUGAUUAACAUUCAAUGGCCUUUUAAAUGUGUCUUUAGGAAAGGGGCUAAUGGUUUGGUUUGCUUUGCUUUUGCUUUUGUAUUUUUGGGUGAAGGGCAGUAUACAAAUUUAAUAAAGGAUAGUGGUAAUGAUGACGAUGUUUUGUGUUGUCUGUUUUUUUCUCUUCCAGUCCUACCUCUCAAGCACCAGGAGUUUGUCACCCAUGUCUGGACUCUUUGGUUCCAUUUGGGCCCCCCAGAGUGACAUCUAUGAAAGCUGUUGCCCAGUCAGUGCCACCGCUCAGCAUUCAGCCCAGGUGGAAAACCAGGCAGUUCUUUGCAAGCAGGAAUGCUACCCGAGAUUUAACCCAUUCCGUGCCUAUAUGAACUUGGACAUAUGGACUUCAGCAGCCAACCGGAAUGCAAAUUUCCCUCUUUCUAGGGAGUCGGGUUACUGUGGAAACAUGUGAAAAGGAAUUUUAUUUUUAAAAUGUGAAAUAAAAGAUGCUUUCAGUUUUGAUUACUAGAAUAAGCUGGUUGUUGAACUAGACUUCAAUGUUGGUGGAUAUUUUGGCACUUUUGUAUGGAAAAUAAAACUUUUUUUUACUGAGGUUUCUGG